GAGAGAUAGAGGGCUGCUGGGUGCUUUUCUCUCUCUUUCUUUUUCCCCCUCUCUCUCUCUGUCUCUCUCUCUUUCACAGACACACAGAGCAGGGUUAGGAGGAGCUGUUUUGCAUCCAUUCACGUCAGCCCUGCCUCAUUCCCUUCUUCCUUCCUGCUAGAGAAAGACAGAAAGAGCUGAGAGGCUGAGAGAGAGGGAGAGAGAAAGAGAGAUAAGGCAUCCAGGCAGCACCUCUCCCUGUGUUUGUCUACACUCCCCCUGGGAAUACAGCUCAGCUCCCUAACCCAGAAGCCUUGCACCCACAGAAAAAGAGGUAAGUCUCACACUUUUCUCUCUUUUUCUAUGUCCCUUGACAUCUCACACUACUUUAGUAAAUAUAAAUAUUAACAGCCCUCACAACAACUCACCCCCUUCUCCUAACUCCCUCCCCCACCUUUAACUGAUGGUACGCUCCACACUGGGAAGGGUGGGCAGUAGGACCAGGUCUUUGCGUGACAAGAGGGGGGUAAUUAUCAGAAGCUAAUAUUGUCUGUUUUUUUGUUUUUGUUUUCUUCCUCUCUCUCUCUUUCACUUCUCCGUUCACUUGUGUCAGUGAGAUAGGAGGAAGAGAGAUAGAGAGAGGGAGAUGGCGUCUCAAGGGGGUAGGGAGAGGAGUAAAGAGAAAAGGGAGGGAGAGGUAGGGGAAGAGAGAGAAGAUAAUGCAAGGAGUGUGAGAAGAGGCAGUCAGUCCUGCUGCUAUGCCCAUCCAUAUAUAUACAAUGCACGUGUGGCACACAGUUCAGUUGUUGAGUUUAGAUUUAAGUUUGUGUAGUGGUUUUUUUUUUUUUUUUUGCUUUCUGAAUCCAAAUGGGUCAGUGAUGGCUAACACUUGGAGUUCAAGAUAGGUUGGGUUUUGUGGACUUUUCUUGUGAUCAGCUGGCUGAGCAUGAUGAGAACAAUAAUAGAAUACAAAGGCUGGAGUUCCAAAUGUGUUCCAUGAUUCUAUAUUCUGAGAAAGUUUAGCAUGCUUGGGCUGCUGGAGUAUUUGUAGCGCAUUAUGCGCAUAAAUACUGAGGGAGAUGGUGCUGCAAUGAGGGUUUGUGAUGUUCAUCAAUUUCAUUGGGAGGAAGUUCCCUCCAUCUAGUUAUCUAGAAGACCAUAUAAAAAGUGAGGUAUUGUGGGUCCCUAGGGUUGGGCAGUGCAUAUUAGCCAGCCUCACAGGCUUUUCACAGCUUACAGAGAUGCCUGUUUUACAGCUUCAGUUCAGCAAUUAAAGCUUGCAAAGUGAGAUCCAGACCCCCACGCCCCUCCCAAUGCUAGCAUAAUGGUGUCAAAAAAUAAAAUAAAUAAAUUACAAAACAUUUUAUUGUUUUUUUUUUUUUACUGGUGCUGCUUGCUCUGCAGGUCAUGUUAUGAAUGUUUUAAAAUAAAAUAAAUCAUAAGCAUUUCCCUAAAAUGGGGAAAAAAAUACCAAUUCAAUCAUUUUGCUGCUCAGAGAUAGAAAACUGUUGACAGUCCUGGUUUGGAGUUUAGAGUAUCUCUCAAUAUCCUCAGACAACAGCAUGAUAGGGUUUAUAACACACAGCAACUGUCAUUCCAGAGGUUUCCUUUUUUCUGGGUAUGUUCCGUUGCAUAUCUUUUAUUUAUCUCCUCAUUGUAGUUGUAGCCAUCAUAUUGCGUACAAAGUUAAUUUUUUUGAAAUUUUUAGUGCAUUUAGUUUUUAGUGGUCCAGUGCCUAACCCAUCGGAGAAACUGCCCUAUGUUGGAAACCAGACAUAGACUGUGUGACACUGUGUUUUAACUGACUAUAUCUGUGCUCUCGUUGUACCAGGCAGGUACAGCAAUGAAACAAAACCCUUCAUAUAAUUAAAAACCUUAACUAUUGAAAGGCAUAUCAUUGUCACAGACUUGAGGGGCCUGAGGCAUAAGUGAAAGCUUUGCAACUCUUGUUCCUACUCUAUAGUAAACGUAAGAGUUAAUGUGAUUGGAUCCAUGUUAAGUGGUUUAUUAUUCUACUUGCAUUAUAAACCCAAUAGUGUCAUAGACCAAAAAUAUAAGUGUCACUUGGUAAACAGGGUUUUAAUAUAGCAAGAUUUUCUAGGUGUAAAGCAAACUGUUGCACAGGAAACUUUCAUUGAUGUGCUUUCAUUUUUAGCAAAAUGUCAUGUUUCAGUAUAAUCCUCUUUAACGCCAAUCAUUUGGAAACAGCUAGUUGUCUCAGCAUGGGUUAUGUUUGAGUGAGUGCAACAGUUUAGGCAAAAUGAGGCAGGCAAUUUUUAUAUCUUAAAAAAACAGAACAGAUAAAGGGGCUGUAAGGAUUUUAGCUAAGCGAUAACAUCUGUCUCAAUGCCAAAGCACAAAUAGUUUUUCUAUGGUUUCUAUCUGUGGUGAUAGAUCAUUUAAUCUUAUUUCUGUACAAAGAUGUAAACUGUAAAUUUAUGAUUUUUAAAAAUAAAACAUAAAAUAUUGGAAUUGUUCCUUAUGAAAGGUGAUAUCAGUAUACACAUACUUUAAAUGUUCCAUAUGAGUGUUUUCUUAUACAGAUAUAAAGAUUCUAGAAUUCUAGUAUUCCUUUUAAUAAGGGUGGGAAUAUGCUAGUAGUGUUCUAAGCAGUUUAUUGGCUUUGUUGUGUUUGUACGGAAAAAAAAAAAUCUAGUUCCAGAGUGUGGGCUGAAUAUCUUUCCUGAAAUAGCACAGGUCAUUGGUUUUUGUAUAAUGAACAAGUUUCAGUACCUCCCAGACUCAUGUUUAAAUGUGUAGUACUAGACUCAAAACAGGUAUAUCAGGUUUUGAAAGUUGUUGAAGUUUUUAUUAGUUCAUUCAUACUGAAUGUUCAUAGCUGUGUAGUAAUAUGUUGUAAGAUGCACCUUACACAAAGGGUUUAAAGAUGUAUUCUUCUUAAUUAUAAGCUUUUUUUUCUUUCUGCUCCCUUUUGAUUGUUUUUUUUUUUUCUUGUUUAAGCCAAGCAUCCUUUAAUUUAGACACUUCCUAUAAAUCGCAAUAUGAUAUAAAUGUCAUUAUAACUCAAGGAGACAUUGGUGCUUUUGUUACUUAGGACUGCAGUUGUUUUACAUCGUAUUAAAAAUGUAAAACUCAGUACUAUUCUCUAAAGUGAAAAUUGCAAGGAAUUCAGAGUAAAUUUCUAAAUUUUCAUCAAAUUUUCAGAUUGACUAUUUUGGCCUCAAAUUUAAAAAUCACUUUGGAUUCCCAGCAAUUGUCUCUUUAGUAAAUAAGCCUGAAAAAAAAGUUUUUCUUUAUACAAUAGUAAUAUUUCUAUGACUAUCUCUCUGGAUUUAGAAAUACGCCUGUAGUAUGAAACUUGUUAGUCAAUGUUGUGAUUACACUGCCUCUACUGGAUUGUUAUGCGACUGCCCCUGUGCUUAAGCAGAGUUUUGCUAAAUAGCCACAGAAUGCAUCCUUAUAUUAUUUAUCUAUGUCAUGCAGAGUUUUUUGACGGGCAACUUGUUAGUUGUUGUGGAAGUUCAACCUGUGCUUCUGAGUCGUCUCUCUCCUUUGCUAGGUUUGGUGAAGAUUGAUGGGAGUGGUAAUUAAACAAUAGUUAGAGAGCUUCCUGUUCAUGCUGUCUGCUUCAAUGUAUAUUUACUAAGCUCAAAAAUGCUAAGCUACAGUGUUGUUCAAGACUAAUGACUAUCAUUCUAUAGGCUUAUUUCUGCAGAUAUUUGUACUAUUCUUGUGUAACCAAAAAUCGUAACUGCCAUAUUAAUUUUCAGCUACCCAACAACUUGUUGGCCAUGUUGAAUUCUAUAGGAAUGAGUAGAUCUUGGCACGUACCAAUAACUAUUUUAAUGAUUUGGGAAAUUCCAGUGAACCUGGGUGCAGUCAACUACAUUAUAGUUUUGCGCACAUGCGCGGUUCGUUCACAAUUGUUGCUUUAUUGCUUUAAAAAAAAUAAAAAGUAAUUGGAAGAGUCACUUUAAAUUAAUACCUCUGGUAGUCUUCAUAACUUGCAUUAUCACAGAUUUAUACUGGAAAUUAGUGAACAAGGGUUCAGCUGUUCUGAUAAAACUUAAUUUGGGACCUUUCUAGAUGAGAUGACCUUGAGUUGUUUUAAGAUAUUCAUUAAGUGCAUUCCUUUAGUGUCUUGCCACAAAGAUUCCAAGGAACAACUUGCCAGUUGUACUAGCCAAAAGUCCAUGAUGUCAGUCCUCAUGGUGUAUUCCCCAAACUGGAAAUUACGUAGAAUUGACAAUGGACUUGCAUGGUUAAUGCCAGACAAUCUGAAAAAUACAGCAUGAUAAUUUUUACACUUUGGUUAUUUAGGCCCAUGAUGUACUAUUGACCGUUGAAUUCUGGUGGCUAUAAAUAAGAAAGUGUGUUGUUCCAAAAGCUGGUCUGGAAGACCUCAUGGAAUUGUGGAAAAGUGGUGGUGACUGCAUGUGAGCAAGGUGGUGGCCACAUGCAACCACUAUGGCUGCACACGAGAACCUCUGGUGUAAAAUAUGUGGGUCUGCUGAAGACUUUUAUCUUAAGACUGCCUUUAUACACUCAAUGUACUAAAUCCCAUAGAAGUUUUUUAGGAAUUACCAUAACUGGCAUUUAUUGGACUGUAUACAGAUAGAAUAGGGGACAAUCUGCUAAAUACAAAUAAAAUAAAAAACAUAGCGUACUACUGUGUGGGGACUGGUACUGGCGUGCAAUCACAAUUGGUCACUCACAAUUUUAAGGAGUUAAAACAGCCUUGAAUGGUAUCUUUAUGGAGUUAAAACAGCCUUGAAUGGUAUCUUUCAGUAUCCAGUAUGUUGUCCCUCCUCACAUAUUCAUCAGCGAAUGGGUGUAUAUGUCUCAUAAGAGAAAAAUAUGUACAAAAAUGUAGUGCACUUCCAGAAUAUAAUAAAAAGUAUUUUAAUGACUUACAUUUAAGUAUAAAACAAACAGCAUGUCACCAUAAACGUCUUACGCGUUUCGUCCUAGGGUUGGACUUCCUCAGGGACUUGGUGUGAUAAGGUGCAAUAAAAAAUAGUUGCUGCUAUUUUUUGUGAACACAACCCCAGUGAAAAAAUAUAUAUAUAAUAUAGAAGCAAACCAGGACUUCCCUUAUCUUAAGACAUAUACACCCAUUCGCUGAUGAAUAUGUGAGGAGGGACAACAUACUGGAUACUGAAAGAUCCCAUUCAAGGCUGUUUUAACUCCUUAAAAUUUUGAGUGACCAAUUGUGAUUGCACACCAGUACCAGUCCCCACACAGUUGUACGCUAUGUUUUUUUAUUUUAUUUGUAUUUAGCAGAUUGUCCCCUAUUCUAUCUGUAUAUAUCUAUUGAAGACAAGAGGAAGUCUUCGGGGAUUCAUCUGGAUACUUCACCUUAAGAUAAGGGAAGUCCUGGUUUGCUUCUAUAUUAUAUAUAUAUUUUUUCACUGGGGUUGUGUUCACAAAAAAUAGCAGCAACAAUUUUUUAUUGCACCUUAUCACACCAAGUCCCUGAGGAAGUCCAACCCUAGGACGAAACGCGUAGGACGUUUAUGGUGACAUUCUGUUUGUUUUAUACUUAAAUGUAAGUCAUUAAAAUACUUUUUAUUAUAUUCUGGAAGUGCACUACAUUUUUGUACAUAUUUUUCUCUUAUGAGACAUAUACACCCAUUCGCUGAUGAAUAUGUGAGGAGGGACAACAUACUGGAUACUGAAAGAUACCAUUCAAGGCUGUUUUAACUCCAUAAAGAUACCAUUCAAGGCUGUUUUAACUCCCUAAAAUUGUGAGUGACCAAUUGUGAUUGCACACCAGUACCAGUCCCCACACAGUUGUACGCUAUGUUUUUUAAUUUUAUUUGUAUUUAGCAGAUUGUCCCGUAAUUCUAACUGUAUAUAUCUAUUGAAGACAAGAGGAAGUCUUCGGGGAUUCAUCUGGAUACUUCACCUUAAGAUAAGGGAAGUCCUGGUUUGCUUCUAUAUUAUAUAUAUAUUUUUUCACUGGGGUUGUGUUCACAAAAAAUAGCAGCAACAAUUUUUUAUUGCACCUUAUCACACCAAGUCCCUGAGGAAGUCCAACCCUAGGACGAAACGCGUAGGACGUUUAUGGUGACAUUCUGUUUGUUUUAUACUUAAAUGUAAGUCAUUAAAAUACUUUUUAUUAUAUUCUGGAAGUGCACUACAUUUUUGUACAUAUUUUUCUCUUAUGAGACAUAUACACCCAUUCGCUGAUGAAUAUGUGAGGAGGGACAACAUACUGGAUACUGAAAGAUACCAUUCAAGGCUGUUUUAACUCCAUAAAGAUACCAUUCAAGGCUGUUUUAACUCCCUAAAAUUGUGAGUGACCAAUUGUGAUUGCACACCAGUACCAGUCCCCACACAGUUGUACGCUAUGUUUUUUUAUUUUAUUUGUAUUUAGCAGAUUGUCCCGUAAUUCUAACUGUAUAUAUCUAUUGAAGACAAGAGGAAGUCUUCGGGGAUUCAUCUGGAUACUUCACCUUAAGAUAAGGGAAGUCCUGGUUUGCUUCUAUAUUAUAUAUAUAUUUUUUCACUGGGGUUGUGUUCACAUACAUUUUUUAUUUAUUGGACUGUUAUGGUUCUUGUUCUACCUACCAAGCUUUCUGUUGUCUCUUCUCAAUUAAGGCACCUGCCAAAUGUAUGGUGAUGCUGUAAUUAAACAACUCCAAAGGGCCGGUAAUUAGUGAUGUACAGGAAUACACGGUUGUGCAAGAUGUAUGAAGCAACAAGUGUACCUUAUAAAUAUAAUGAGGUAGACCCAUGUUUAAAAAAUGCACAUAUCUAAGGAUAAUACAAAUAACAAAAGGGAUGAAAGCAUCCUGAGAUACAUCUCGUCAUGUUUCAAAUCAUCUAUAUAUUGUAUUAUUAAAAAUAUGAUAAAUCCAACCAAAAGUGUUGUAUAUUUCUUCAUGUAAAUAACACUCUAAUAAUGUGUGCUUGUUCAGUAAUUCCCUUUUUCAAAUGUUUUGUCCUAUGCAUUUAUAUAUAUUUUCCGUUGUUAUUUUCUUCCCUGUGUUUUUAUGCAGCUUUGAAAUAUUAAUAAUUUUAUUUUCAAAUGGAUUGUGCAGAUACCCUUACAUUGUGUUUAUUUGAAGACAACAAAUCAAAAUAAACCUUAACACUCUGCAUAACUAAGGGCUAGUUUAAAAAGUUGGCAACCACAAAGGAGCCACUUCCUUUUGUACAGACAUGUAUGCUAGCCUCUACGCCGAGCUAAGCAUGAUGGGAAGUUUAUCCAUGACCACAUAAAGCUUUCAUUUCAGCGAGUUAAACCUUUUCAUCUCUGCAGUUCUAAAGAUGGCGUUCUCUAAGAGAUUUUUACAUUUUAACUCAUAGGGUCCAUAGAGGUAGCUGAAACCUGAGGGAUUUCUCUUACCAGAGUGGAAGCUUUAAAUCUAAAAACAUCACUUAGGAGUGUACUGGCAAGUAAUUACCAAAUUGUGAUGUAGAGAGAGCAGACUAUACUUAAUAUCAACUUUAUUCAUAUUAAAAUAUAAUAACUUAAUAUGUAAUGUAAGGUUAAUAUAAAGAACGUCAUUAAAAUGAUAAAGUGCACCCUUCAUCAUAAUAGAUCAGAAUAGCAAUAUAAGUUUCUACUUGUAAAUUCUGUCUACAAUUCCAUACAAUUAGACAAACUCUGUUUCUUUUGACCAUUGUGUUAGCAAGCGGAAUGUAUGAUAUUUAAAUUCUAACUAAUACUGAUCCACAGAGAGAAUAAAAGUGUAUUUCCUGACAGUGAGGUUAUAAACUUUGAGUUCCAGUUAUAAAGAUUUGCCUUCUCGAUAUUUCCAGUAAACACAGUUAGGCUCUCUUAAACUGGGCUCCAAUGCAUGAAAAGCAAACUGAGCAGAGAGUCGGAAUGCCUGCAACUUCUGUUUUGGCCAACUCAUUGAUUGAAGUAUUUCCCAUUUUGUCUUAAUAAAAAAAAGGUGUGAUGUACACAUGCUGUACAGAUAGAUAUUUAUUUCAUUUUACAUUUAGUCAUGCAUCCUUUGUAGAAACAUUGAAAAACAAGUCCAUCAAAAUGUAAUAACAUUUCUGAAUAUUGAUGUUAUGACACAUACACUAAAGAUUGUUCUAUUUCUAAAGGCAUUGCAAGCUACUGUUCAAUCUUACCAUUGUUCCAAGCCCUCUCUUUGUACCCCCUUUCACUACCCAAAGUGUAAAACCUAGAGAUUUUUAUUAAGUUUGGCAUUGCCAAAUCAACAUAAAGCAAAAUCAACCCAUGUGUGCAAUUGGAAGGAAAUUAAUUCAUAUAAGAAUAAUAUCAAAAAUGAGUUUUUAAUAUGGCAUUCUAUGAGAUAUUUAUUGUAUAGUAUUCUCAGAAACAUAUUUUAACCUUCAUAGCUGCAUAGUUGAGAGCAAUGCAAUUAAAAUAGUACAUUACAAACUCCUCUGGUGCUGGUUUUGAUCAUAUAAUUUGUUUGUAAUAAGUGACUAGAAUGCCAUGAGCUGAAAUCAAAUGACAUUUAUAUUACACCUAAUGUGAGAUCCGUAGCCAAUCCUAUCAUGGUGGCUAUAUAUCAGGAGAAACACAAAUGUACAGUAAAAAUACAUUCAUACUGCUCCAAUGUACAAAAUGGCGAUGCUGCCUUUAGUGCAAAACUGAUAUUAUUGUUUCCUCUACUCUCAAAUAACCAGCCCCUGUCAGUAGUAGGAAGCUAUGAGAACAUAUAGAUAAUCUGAUAGAAAGAUCUUGGUUGUUUUGUGAUCAUUUCCUUGAAGAAGGAAAUCACAGUACAGAAUGAUGGAUGGGUAUUCUGUGUUCUAAAUUUAUCUUUCCUGUUCUCUCAUCCUCUCUCUUACAUGCACAUUUUAAGAAGCAGCCCCUGUGUAAUCUCUAGACGCUGUAGAUAAAACUAUAUUUCUUUAUUAUGAUUUUAUGUUUCAUAUAUGCAGCUUUGUGGUCUGAGAUGCAGUCUCCUGCCUCCUAACUGGGUUUAAUCUGUGACUGAAAUAAACCUCGAGUUUUAGACUAGAGAUUUGAUAACUGUAAAAUAUAAAUGCAGGUAGUCACUAAACCAUUUUUAAGCCUAGCUUGGGCUUAUUAUUUAGAUUCGCUUUAAUGAAAGCCAGUUUAAGUGAUUAUGGUACUAGGAGUGCCCUGUUGUCGUCCCACUGUAAGAUGUCAAGCCAUUUUAAUAUGAUUUGACAAGCUACUUGGCUCCCCUAGGGAGCACACACUGCAUCUCUCCGCUAAGGUUUGACAAUUUACCUAGGUUUCGUCAAGCGCUCAGUUGCUCUCCUCUAGCAGGAGACCUUUGAAUAACAGGGCUGAAUUAAUUUGCAGAGAGUGUGAGCUGACAUUCUCGGACAAUAAAUGUUCUUAAGUGACUUCCUCCAUCUCUUCUAGAAAAAAAAAAAAACAGGUGGAGCAUGGGUUCUUGGCAAACCCAGGUUAGCUGUCAAACCUUACUAAAACAGUUUGAUAUCAUAUGUGAGACAAUGCCAGGGAACUCCUGACACCAAAACCACUACAGAAGGAUGCAGUGAUUAUGGUGCUUGCAGUGUCCCUUUAAGCUUCUCUAUAUCAGAGACCCACCUAAAUCAAAAGUAAAUAACAUUGGCAACUAUUUCAAGUUGUACAACUGAUGGCAGACUGCCCACUGAUUCAGGUACAACAAUUCUCUACUGUGUUAAGCUUCUGGAAGUCAUUGAGGACCAGAAAGCUGCUCAUCACAAAGUGAAAUCACUGAGUAUUUUAUGCUCAAGUAGAACCAAGAGGACUCCCAAGUUACACGAGUUGCCGUUGAUUAUACCUGAAUCUUAAGACUACAUAGAAUCUGAAACAUAAAGGUUAAUUUUCACUUUUCAAUAUUCUAUUUUAAAGAAAAAAAACAAGUAUGUUUUAUUUUUUAUUUUUGUGGGGCCUGAAAAAUACAGAAAUCAACACAUCUAUCCUGGAUGUAGAUGCCUCCAUCUUGGCUAUCUGUCAGUAAUCGGUAUAAAUAUUGUCCUUUCAUGACAUUGAACAUACUUAGCUGAAGAAGAGAAACUGAAACAAAGUUUCUGUUCUACUCAUAUGCAUUGUGUGUUUUCUGGUUGUACUUGGGCUAAACGGGAUUCUGAUGUCACUUGCUAAAUCUUUUACAUACAUUUAGAGAGAUACACAAAAACAUGUUAACACAAUUUAUAGGAGAUUUUUCUAUGUUUUUUUUUUUUAACUUGGGUAAUUUCCAAAGAAGUGACAGUUCCUCUUAAAGGAAUCAAUUCAAAAAUAUGUAACUUAUGCAAAAUAAACCGAUUCAUGCAAAAACACACCAGAUAUAUGUAGGGUAACACAGAGAUAUCAACUGCUGAUCUUAUUUUAUUAAGCCCUUGUUGAAUUAUUAGCAACCAUUCAUCCCAAAUUCGUAAAGGAACACCCUGGGCACCAUAAGAACUUUAAUAUGCUUCUGGUGCGUCUAUACCUUUAGAGGUUAAAUCGUUCAGGAACUCAAGAUUUGACUCCCCAGAGCGUUCCUCGCUGUAUCUGUCCACAUUCGCUUUCAGAAAAUCAGCUAGAGGAAUCACAGACUGCCACCAAUCAGGGGUGCUGCUGAUUGACUUACAGCGGUCAGGGAGCCUCUUCAUUUUGAUGAAGUUGUUAUGCUGCCCUGACUUAAACCUUUAGUCAGGGCACCAUAACAAUUUUAUCAAAAUGAACCCAUCUUGGAACAGCCAGGCUCGUGUUCAAAAGUCGAAGUAUUGUUGUUUAGGUCUCAGCUUAGAUAGCCACCUUGUUGCUAGGGAGGUAUUUGUGGACCGGGAUAGCCUCCACCUGUCUGGGGUGAAGGAGAUGGGGCUAUGUAUGACAGGAAUGGCCAUCCAGUAACAGGGAAUUGGCCACCUUUCCCACCUAGGUCUAGUACAGAGACUGCAGUCCCAGGAGUGUAGAGAAAUUACCGAUAACUGAUAAAAUCGUAUUUACACCAAGGUCGGAUUGCUCUCUGGCAGAUAGUGGUAGGUUCGGCAACGAAAGGUCACGGAAAAUAAGAAAUUCUGUGCUCAGUUUGAUAUAUUACCAGAGGAGCUUCAACAUGCAUUCUGCUCAGUCAGCGGUCAGGUAGCUAUGCACUGCACGUUUGUCUAUUUUGUUCUAAAUGUAUAGUUUAUUAAAAAUCUGAACUGUUGUAUCAGCCCCCAGUAUAACUUUUUUGUGCUACCUUUUCCAAACUGCUUGUUAGGUUUGAGAAAUGUGCAGAAUUCAAGGGUUUUUUUUUGGGGGGGGGGGGGUUUCUUACAAAAUUGGAUUUGAAAAAGGUACGUGGAGACAGCCCUCUAAAGAUACGCACUUGCAUUUGUUAUUUAAAGAUUAUUUAGACUGUUCUUCCAAAAUUUCAGUUAAUCGCUUUUAAAUAUAUAAUUGAAAUGCUUGUGUUUACGUGUCUCUUUAAAAAAAAAAAAUAUGUAGGUUAAGCAAAGAUUCUGCCUAUCAAUCGGCAUGAUAUUCCUAUGUUAGUAUGAAAAAAAUCCUAGAAAUUAGGAGCCAUUAAUAAAAGUUAGGAGCCACGCAAAAUUUGGAAUAGCCACACAAAUAUACUAUUCCCUGUAGUCACACAUUUAUCUACUUAGUCUACCUUGUAUCCCAUCACUCAUUCUCACACAUGUCAAACAGCUACAUCAACCCCACCUCCCCCACCCGACUUGCUAAUGCACCCAAUACUAGCCACACAUUCCUACACAUCUAGACAUCACUCACACAGUCAUUCACACAUACUUUGCCAGUUACUAUCCUGUGCACACAUUUAUAUAUUUACAAUAAUAGUAUUCACUAAAGUGGGAACUCUUAAAGGUCAAAAUAGCAGAACCGUAAAAAUCCUCUAAGUCAGCUAUGCUUCCAGCUCAGCUACUCUAGCCUUAAAUUUGAAAUUCAAUUUGAAUUCUCACUUAAGUAGUUAACGCCCACUCCCACACAAGCAUAGAAUAAUUGCACCAGCAAGUGUACGCAAGAUGGACAGGUUUGGGACUCCGUGAGUUCCCUUAUAGAGAUCAGUUGCCAUAGCUCAUGAACUUGUUUGCACAGCGACUAUAGGUAAAUAAAGCUAGGGUUGCACUGACCGCUCAGAUAGGGGAUAACUGGAUGUUGAGUGUUCUAAGUUUAAUGUUAGGGUUACAAUCGGUGCAAGGUUUAGAUAGUUAUGUAACACUGUAUGAUUCAUGACAGUUUGAUGUAGAGUACAGUUAGAUUUAUGUUGUUUGCCAUGGUUAUGGGUUAGUAUCACUUUUAAAGUUAGUGUUGUAGUCAGAUUUAUGGUGAAGCUUUUUUCACUCAGUAACCCUAAUUGUAAAUCUAACCUUAUUCGUAAACAUCCAAAUUCCUGGUGCUGUAACAUACUACCUAACUCUAAAUAUCAGUGUCACCCUAAAUUUACUUAUCUUGUAGAACUUCCCUGAAAAGUCCUCUUCAGCCACUGUUCAUGUGUGUUCCUGAGAUAUUCUAAAUCUAAAUUAAAUUUUUGUGGUGCCUUGUGGUGCCUUAUGGUGCCAGAAGGCCCCCAGGCAUACUCUUACCUCAAGGUUUUACCCCAAGGUUGCCUCCAGUGCGAUUUCAACUACCCCCAGGCGGCAUCGGGCUUCUGAAAUUUCAAUGUCAGGAAGAACAGAUUGCUGCCAAGCAAGGGACUACACUCUCAGCCAAUCAAUGACGUACCUCGUCCAAGCCAGUUUUAUGAAUGGGGUGCCACUGACUGACAGAGACUUUCAGAGAACUGCUCUCAGCCAACCAGCUGUACUCCACGCCUCCUGAAAGUAAAAUUUCUGAAUCCAGAUGCUGCCUGGGAGGAGUUGAGAUCGGCGCUAGAGGCAUCUUUGGGGUUAAACUGUUCGAGAACGAUUUAACCUUGAGGUAAGAGUUCGCCAGGGGGCCAUCUGGUACCAUUCCAACUUCAUUUGGAUGAAGUUGUUACAGUGCUUGGAGUGUUCCUUUAACUAUGGCAGCAGUCAGCAUAUUUUGAUGUCUUCUGGCUGACAGCUAUAUAAAUGUUGGAUGCCAGGUAGCUGUUUUUUUUUUCUUUUGACUUGGUGCCGUGGAUUUAUUGAGCCUCAGCAUAGACAAUAUCCCAAAAUCUACAUUGUAGUCGUAAACAAUAUUUGAUUUUCUUAUUGUUUCAAUGGGUAUAAAUCUUGAAGGCCAAAACAGGGUUUGCCUUGUAAUUCAAAUGACAUUGUGCAUGUUCCAAAGUUCUGCUCCUGAGAGUCAGCUUUCAUUACUGAUGUUUGUACUAAGAAGAUGCCACAGUAAAUACAUUCCAUUGUGCAUUUUAAAUGUACACAAUCUUCCCAUGAGUCCACUUUACUGGCUGAUCUAAUAACACAUUGAUUUGAACCUACUGUCUUACUUCACAUCUAACUUUGCAACCAAAUCUCGUGGAAGUAAAUAGAAAAUUAACCACUAGGAUUAGUAGUUUUUAUUAUGACAAUUUUGUAAAAAGAUCAGUGGUAAACUUGUUGUUUUAGCCACCAAUGGACUGUUUUGUCAAUUGCGUAAUACCAUAUGCUUGAUAGCUAAUCUGUCUUGCACUAGCAUUGCAUAGAGAAGGCAAAUGUGUGAAUUACAAACAUUUUAUGCAAUAUGUCAUUUCUUCCCCAGACAAAUCAAUCUGAAGACACUACAACAGUUGGUGCUUAAAGUCAACAUUUCAUGUUAAUCAGUAAGUAUUCUUUUAUUAUGUCUCUACUAGAGUUCAGUAGAAUGCACGUGAUAUCUGAUAAGCUACUUGAAGCCACACGAAAUGCUAAAUAAUGUUUGAUUAUUGUUUUUGGUCUGUUCACCAAAUUUGCUGUCAAUUCCCUCUGAAUGUAAAUGUCCUUAGGCCUUGGGGCUUGAAUUGAAGUUAAAUUACCUGUAUUCAAAAUUAUCCAGUUAAAGAAAUUAUCCAGCUGAUCUCUUUUUGUCCUUAAUUUUGCAAGUUGAUUUUCAAUAAAGCACAAUGCACUGUUUAGUGAUUAAACCCUUUGUUAUCUUGGCUGCGUUUUACUUACUGCAAAUGAACUCCACACACUGUUACUUGGCAAAAUUAAUCAAUCAUGAUGGGGAUCUCUUAGGAACUCGUGCAAUUGAUUCCAGUUAUCCCUGGUGGAUGUAAAUGAUACAUAAUGAACCCAGGGCUACCUUGGGAGUUGUUUUACUUGCCACUGAUGAACUCAACUGGAUGGUGGCUAUUUUAUUAUUAUUAUUGCCAUUUAUAUAGUGUCAACAGAUGCCAUUCAUUCAGAAACUAAAUGAAUCGAUGAUGACUGGGGUUUUGUUACAACUACUAGUAUUCCAAACAUUUGUGUAUCCUAUCAAUGUUGCAUAUUGCUGAGUGCAACUGUAAUAGCCCUGGUGGCAUUUCUAACUGUUGCUGGUAGUCAGAUGUCACAGAGCCCAUGAGUUUCAGCUUAAGAUUUCCAGAUCUCUUACUGAAUACAGCAGAAAUUUUGACUUUGCAAAACUGUCACAUUUUGUGCCUUUUUGUUAAGCUUUCUGUGAUAACAGGCGAUCAACAUAAGAGAUAGAGAGUUACAGUACACAGCAUUGACAGCUAGGAUGAUUGAAAGCAUUUAACUCUUAGAUUUCCAGAUAGGUGAGCUGCCUCCUCAGCUCUCUAAUGGUUAAGAUUCCUUUUUAGAUUCUUGACAUGCGAUCUGUUUGUUUUUGCAUUGACUUUUUUUUUUUUUUUUUAAGCACUUUGUAUGUCUACUACCCAGACCCCUUUUCACCAGUCCCUCUUCAGCCUGUUUUGGAAAACCAGAAAGUUAAAAAGAAAGGGAGAGAAAGGAAUUAUUUGCAUUGUAGCUUUGAUUGGCACUGCCUCUGAAGAGAGGUUAUUUCAUGUGGCUGUUUCCUUUCAGGCAAUCAUUCUUUUAUGCUCACACAAUUCAUCUGGGUACAGUUUUCUAUUCACAAUCCUUUCUUUCCCAUUCCUUUCUUUCUGUCUUUUCUUUCUCCCUCUCUCUCUCGCUGCCUCUUUCCUUUUCAUUACGUUCCCUUUGUAUUUUUGGUUCACCAACCCCCUCUGCAUUUUAUUUUCUCCUUUUUAUUUUCUUCCUCCAUUCACUUCCUUUUCAAUUUCACAUAUGAGUGUGUGUGUGUUCCGUGUCUUUUCCUUUUGCAUUGAGUAUCUCUUCUCUGUUUCUUGGGGGAGGGGAAGAAAAUCAACAAACAGGCGAAUUCAAAUACAGUUCUACUAUUUCCAUUGGCUUUGUGCACCUCUGAGCAAAACCAUUGCUUUAAAAUAAGAAAAUGAUUCCACAUGAAACAUGAUCUCUUGUUUAGAGAUGUUGAUGACUUCUAGUUGCGGUGUGUGUGUGUGUGUGUGUGUGUGUGUAAGGCUGGCUUUCAAGUCAUCCUGGGACAUUGUAAGUGUAUUUAUCCUGAGAUCCUCCAAAAUGUUAAAGGAAUACUAUAGUGCUGAAGUGGCAGUUUAGCAGACCGGCUCACUCUUUGUGGAGAUUAAAAGAGAUUUUGCUCACAUUAUCUCUUACGCCGUGCCGGUCUUGCUGCGGCUGGCUCCGCCAAUCCAUGGCUUUCCCAUAGUAAAGCAUUGGGAGGCUAUUGCGCAUGCAGGGCAAGACGCCUUGCUGCACCAAUUAGUUCUCCUCAUAUAUAUACAUUGAAUCAAUAUAUCUACGUGGGGAACGUUCAACAUCUCCAUCCAGAGCGUGGCAGUGCUGAAUGCCAGUGCAGCACUGGACUAGAAAGUACCUCUAUGGUCUGUCUCAAUGACCGCCACUAGAGGUAUUAUGAGCCAGAAAUGUAAUACACUGCAGGAAUACACCAGAACCAUUACAUUAAGCUGUAAAGGUUCUCGUGACUAUAGUGUCCCUUUAAGCCCUAAAUAGCACAUCAUUAUCUGUGUAGUUACUCAUCAGUUAUGAUCACCAAUUAGUUCCAAUAUUCAUCUGUCUGGAAACUUUUUUGACUCGAAGAUAUCUUUAAUUUUGAAGGGAUCUAAACUGCAACAGAACAUACAUAUUUUGUUGUACAAUCCUGUCAUUGUAGAAUGUAUGGCACUCAAGGCUGCUAGAGCCAAACAGGCUCUGGCCUAUCAGGAGUCCCAGUAAAACUUCAGAUAUCUGCUUAUCCGAAAAGGUGGUGAAGUACAAUCCUCAAUUUAUGCAUUGCAGCACAUAGAGGAACUGAUCUCAGAUCACUUCCUCCCAGCACUUGUGAAUUGGAAUCCACACUGUAGUAGAGCAGUUAGCAGUUGCUGUUGCAGCUCCUGUCCUUGACAUAUACCUGGCCUGCCUGGUCCCCACUGGAACCCACCCACACUGCUAGAUAUACACAGAAAUGCAGAAUAACCCUUCCCUCAUACAAAUAAUACGGACAGCCCACACACAAACAUACACACAAUCCGCACAAAUGAAACACCACUAACAAUCCACAUACAUGCACACAACAUGUACCUGGCCUGCCUGGUCCCCACUAGAACCCACCAACACUGCUAGAUAUACACAGAAAUGUAGAAUAACCCUUCCCUCAUACAAAUAAUACGGACAGCCCACACACAAAUAUGCACACAAUCCGCACAAAUGAAACACCACUAACAAUCCACAUACAUGCACACAACCCCAUAUGCAAUACCCCAAACAGCCCCCACACACUACCAAACACACACUGUGACAUAUCCAUCCACACACACACACACACACAAUUCCACAAGCAGCCCCCUUACACAGCCCACAUUCAUAUGUAUCAUACACAAUACCAUAAACUACUCAUGAACAUAUACAAUAUAAUAGCUCAUAUACGCAGGGCCGUCUUUAACGCAGGGCAAACUGGCCAGCUGCACCGUGAGCCCUGCUGGCCUCAACUAUUUCUAACCCUCUGGCCGGUAAUCCGCAUACUAAGGAGGCCCAGCAGGAGUGGCCCAUGCACAAAGGACCACCCGGUGGGCUUCUGUCAGCAGGGGCCCGGUCGCACGCUGAGGCGCUUUAACAGCGCGAGCGGGCCCCUUGCUUUUCGGCAGCAGGCUGGGAGGAAGUGACGGCCGCGCAUCACUUUCUCCCACAAAGAGAGGAUCGCGCGGGAAAGAAGAGUAGGCAGAUUGGAGGGGGGCUGGCCGAAAGCGCUAGACCCCAACUCCCAACACCUUCAGCCACCAGCAGGAAAGGUAGGAAACUGGAGGGUGGGUUUUAAAGUGUAUGUCUGUGUCAGUAUGUCUGUCAGUGUGUGUGUGUGUGUGUUAGUAUGUCUAUGUGUGUGUGUGUGUGUGUGUGUGUGUCAGUAUGUCUUUGUGUGUCAGUAUAUCUGUGUGUGUGUGUCAGCAUGUCUGUAUGUCAGCAUGUCUGUGUGUGUGUCAGUAUAUCUCUGUGUGUGUGCGCAUUUCAGUGUGUAUAUAUCUGUGUGUGUAUGUAUGUGCAUACAUCUCAGCAUUCACACACUAACACUACACACAAAUACACCCCUGCAUUCAAUUUUCAACACUACAUACAAACACAUGUCUGUGUUACACACCAGAAUUAUAUGUAAACACACCCCUGCAUUCAAAAACCAACACUACACAAAUACAUGCUUGCAAUCACGCCAACACCACAUACAAACAUAUUCCAUACAAAAACCUGUUUACAUUCAAACACACAAAAACUGCUUAGUGCUAAAUACAGACCUGCAAACAUGGGUAAAUGGUAGAGCCCCAGCUGUCAAUGCAUUUCUGGAGUUGCACGACAGAUGGGGAUCUACCUUUUAAUCACCCAUGCAACAGGGAGACCCCCCAAAAUUCUUGCACCUCUCUACUUUAGGUCCGCCACUGCGUUAAGGUGGAGGAUGUGAUUGCAUGCCUGGGGAGGGGGGCAGGGUACAGGGGGCCCCAAGCAAAUGCUUUGCCCAGGGUCCAGUCACUAUUAAAGACGGGCCCUCCAUAUACGCACAAAUACAACGAUACAAAGCAAUUACAGUAAAAAUAACAAGCAGAAUAAGGCAGCAUACACCCCUCGAUUGAAAAUAAAAUAGGACCGGCACGCUACGGGACAUCACAAUCCUAUAUCGGCACAGUGCUGCUAAAAGGUUGCCUACAUUUGCCUUAGGGCAUUUUUCCUCUUUGGAAUAUUGGUUGGUAAAACCUAAAAAAUAGUGGUUGGAAACUUCAACAGGAAUUCACCUCUUAAAGAGAUAAACCUGAUGUCAGCAUUCUUGUAUAUUGUCUUUUGUAUUUGCAAAAGUAAUGAGAGCCUAUAUGUACCCUUACACAAUACAUAUGAGUUGUAUUAAAGCACACACUGCCCAUCCACAAGGCAUUGCAAGGGCACAGGUUUAGUAGCUGUUCCUUUUUAUCAGGAUUAUUUUGCCCAAGAGGAAGUCUUGUCCACAAGAGUGCAAUGCUAGAAUAGAGUUUUUCAAACAGCUAUUUUCUGAUUCCAAUCAUUGGGAACAUUAUUCUUUUCAAAUUAUUUUUAUUUAACAAUGUAAAAAUCUAUUUUAAACAAAAAUAUAACAAAUAAAAUAGAGAGGGGGUUAACAAUUGGAAGGGGAAAGAGGAAUUUAUCCAUAAGUACGCACAUUUAAAUACUACUCCUAGACUUUUUGAGAGGUUCAUACGAACUCUAGACACUGUGUAAAAAACGAAGGGGAGAGUAUAGAACAGGCAUGAUAGGCAACCUUUGGCACUCCAGAUGUUUUGGACUACAUUAUGGGUGUAUCAUUAUAGGGAUGGAGACCACAACGUCUGAAGUGCUAAAGGUUGCCUCCCCGUGGUAUAGAAUAUUUGAUACAUCUCCACAUCUGAGGAAAGGGAUUUAGGGGUAGGUUUUUCAGAUGACAUAAAGGUAGGCAGGCAAUGUAGUAGAGCAGCAGGACAUGCUAACAUAAUGAUUGGUUGUAUAGGGAGAGGUAUUAGCAGUAGAAAGAGGGAAGUGCUCAUGCCAUUGUACAGAACACUGGUGAGACCUCACUUGGAGUAUUGUACACAGUACUGGAGACCGUAUCUUCAGAAGGAUAUUGAUACUUUAGAGAGAGUUUAGAGAAGGGCUACUAAACUGGUUCAUGGAUUGCAGGAUAAAACUUACAAGGAAAGGUUAAAGGAUCUUAACAUGUAUAGCUUGGAGGAAAGACGAGACACGGGGGAUAUGAUAGAAACAUUUAAAUACAUAAAGGGAAUCAACACAAUAAAGGAGGAGACUAUAUUAAAAAGAAUAAAAACUACCACAACAAGAGGACAUAGUCUUAAAUUAGAGGAAGUAUCAGGAAGUAUUACUUUACCGAGAGGGUAGUGAAUGCAUGGAAUAGCCUUCCAGCUGAAGUGGUAGAGGUUAACACAGUAAAGGAGUUUAAGCAUGCGUGGGAUAGGCAUAAGGCUAUCCUAACUAUAAGAUAAGGCCAGGGACUAAUGAAAGUAUUUAGAAAAUUGGUUAGACUAGAUGGGCCGAAUGGUUCUUAUCUGCCGUCACAGUCUAUGUUUCUAUGUAAAGAACAUCAGAGUGAUUUUUACACUAGGCUUUUCAUCUAGGAGGAAGACAAUUAGUUUCUGCAGACCUUCAUAUGUUUUAACAUGUGCUUCUUUAAAUGCAUGUGUUGAGUCUGAAAAUACAGUCCAGGCAUGUAUAGAAAAAUUACUCCUUAGCAAUGUUAUGUGUGUGAAUGAUAUAUAAUCUAGCCUAAUAGGUUGUAAUAAUGGGGAGAAUUAUAAAGCACCUCGCCCUCAAUUUGUGUGUAACCUGUCAAUAGGCCUCUGACCUGAUUUCCUGCUAUAAAGCACAUUAAAAGGAAAGACAGGAUAAACAGGAUUUACACGCUAUACACAUGAACUCCUAUACCUAAAAUAGGAGAACAUAAAUGUAUAUUUUAUUAAUAUUACACCAACUUUAAAGUUGUAGGAAGUGUACAAUAUUCUUUCAACUGGUAAUGCGAACCAAGGCCAGUUAUCUUGGGUUUGGUUCCCAUCUGGCACACAUACAGUGGAUUUGUGAGCUAUACAGACAGUAAUCUAGCAUUACAGUGUGAAAGGUUCAUGUUUAAUUGAAUGAAGAGCUAUGAUUCAUCAUAACAUAAAAUAUGUACUGUACCAUUGUCUGAGAGGUUGAAAAAACAGUCAUCUCCAUUAGUAAGUGGCGCAUAAAAAAAUGCUUUUACCUAAUUUGCCCCCCUCAUCCCUCCCCUGGCAUAUUGAUGGGACAAACAGAGACCUCAGGCAUUAUUUAAUAAUAAUUAAAAUAACUCUCCAAGCACCAUAAUCACUACAGCCAGGCUUACAACCUACUUGGGUCCCACUCAGUGUACACAUCACCUGAUUCCGAUCUUCCUGCUGAAGAAUCCAGCUGUACAGGGUAAAACAAUGCAGGACCACACUGCUUGGCUGAGAGCAUCAGGUGAGUGCUCAAAGCCUUUUGAACACAGUUCUGUAUUGGCCAUGUUUUCCUCUAUGGAAUCAUAUGACAUCUCUGUCAGGAGAAAGGCUAGGUUCCCCGCAGGCAUAUGGGGUCCCAAAUAAGUUGGCAAACCGUACUAAACUGGUUUGACUACUUACUGACUCUUGUGACUCAAUAGCCGCUACAGUGGGCUAUAGUGGUAAUUGGAGUUCUCCUUUAAUCUAUCACCAUCCUGUUCUAACUAAAAUAUGUAAAGGGUCAUUCUAAGCACUAGAACAAACUGUGCUCAAUGCAUGGGUUGUGGUGCAGAAAAUACCUAAUCCCAGUCUCCCUGCACACCUUGGCUAAUAACUACAGUCAUUUUUGAAAAUACCUGUACCUAACAGACUCCCUGCGGUAUCAGUGAUGUCAGAGGAGAAACUUUUCUUGCCUAUGCACAGUGCACAUGCUGGUGGAUGCACUCCAAAAAAAGCUGGGGUUGAACAUAUACAUGGUCUCUAUCCCACAGCACACAGUUCUGAUCAAACAAUUAUUUAUAUAGCAGUGGCAACAUAUUCUGCAGCGCUGUAAAUAGGAAGCAAGACACAUAUCUAAUUCUAACAAAACAUGUAUGACAUUAUAGACUAGAAGGGAAGUGGACCCUUCUCAAACAAGCUUACAAUCUAAAUCUAAAGUUGUGAAUAAACUUUGGUAGGAUUGAGCAAUUCUACUUAUCCUGUGUUAUAAGUGGAACCUCAAGCAGUUGACUGAUUUAAUAAGAAACGUCUCCAAACUACUGCAUCAGAAGCUUUGGAUUGGUGGAAUGUCUUUCUGUCUGGGAGAGGUCUGCAAGCUGCUUCUAUUAGCAGUGUAUUAGCAAAAGCAGCAGGAACUGUCAACUCAAGUGAUGUUAAAAGGACACUAUAUGCAUCAAAACAAUUUAAGCUUAAAGGGCACUACAGUUAGCAAAACACUAAACUGGCUUGGAAAGAGACGUACCUUUCCCAAGCCAGUUUUGUGAACGGGCAGUCACUGAUUUGCUGACCUUUUACAGCCAAUUAGCGGCGCCCCUGCCCGGCGGCACUUUACGCUUCCUGUAACUGAAAAUUCUGAACCCGGACGCCACCGCGGUGAGCUGAGAUUGUUUGAGAGCGGUUUAACACCAUGAGGUAAGAGCGUCUCAGGGGCCUCAUGAUACCAUGACAACUUAAUUUAGAUGAAGCUGUUUUGGUGCAUUGAGUGCCCCUUUAAUGAAGCACUUUUAGUGAAUAGAUCAUGCUCCUGAAGUGUCACUACUCAGUUCUUUGCCUUUUUGGAGUUAAAUUGCUUUAGUUACUGGUUAUGCAGUCUAAACCUCCCAUGGCUGUAAAUGACACAGCCUCCAUGAAAAAAAUGAUUUAAUUUUUCAAUCAGAUGUUAACUUGCUCUAUAGGUUUUUCCCCUGCUCUGUAAAGCUAACUUUAAUCACACACAGGAGGCUCCUGCUCAACAGAGCAGGAGAUACGAAAUUUCAAAAUUAAAUAGAAUGUACAAUAAAGGAAAUUUAAAAAUAAGAUAUCUCUUUUUGGAAGGCUGUGUAAUUCACAUGAGAGGUGUGACUACGACAGCAUAAACAAUGUGAUUGAACUCCUAAAUGGCAGACAAUUGAGCAGUGAGACUGCAGGGGCAUGAUCUAUACAUCAAAACCACUCAAUCUAAAGUUAUUUUGGUCGUUUUACCUGACUUUCCAUUCGGGAAAGCAGAUUUUUACCAGUUUUUACAUGCAUUUCUGACAAAUUAGCAUAUUGCAGAACACUCUUGAGUUGGUUAAUUGGACAGCAAGUACUGAGAGCUGGAUUUCUACUAUUAUCUAGGUAAUCAAGCUAAUCUGUGCAAGGUGUAAACAACACAUUGGGGCGUUCAUUUUGACCAUAAUUGUUUGUAGUGAUCAUAUACAUGCAUUUGUAAUGUAAAAAGUUGUUCUAGAGCUAAGCCAUGUGUGUUUUGUUUCUCUUGUGCCAUACAGAUGUUACUAUCUUUUGAUAUGGGUUAUAGAAAGGUGACCUAUUGUCUAUUCUUCAGUGCCUGGCCCUCACUAGGUGAGAGGCUUUGCUGGUACUGUUCAUAGGUUUUUAUUUAUGUUUUUCUUUAUUCUGUCUAUUGAAGCUCAUAAAAGGAAAAAGAAGUGUGCUGGUAGAAAAUAGAAGCCGAUUUAAGUGAAAGGGUACACAGAUAGAGAGGUUAAACCACAUGCAGGGAUGUGGAGAUAGAUGAAAGGGGAAAGAACAGAAUGAUAAGAGGUAGAAAGAGGCGCAGUGGAUCUACAGAACUGAGGUAGCUGUUGCUAGGGUAACAGAAAGAAUGAAAAAGAAGGUCUAAGGGAGGUAUGGAAUGAAGUGAUGGGAAGAGAAUGCUGGAGGGAGAGGUCAGAAUACAAUGUAUACAGAGUGCAGGUAAGUAAAUUCUGAAUGCUUUAGUAGAAGGAGAAAAAAAGUAAUGUGGAACCAGAGUGGACUUUAUUGUUUAUUUUUAUUUAAUUUUCUAAUAGAAGAAAAAUGAUGUGCCUGUCUUCACAUUUCCUCAUAUCUACAGGUUUAUACAGGACUUUGUAUAAAACAGGCUUAUGCCCAGCACUAACCUGACAUCAAAGGCGCUUCUUUAUUCAGUUCCCACAGAGAACAGAUAACAUUCUAGCCAUAAAAAAACAGGUCUUUAACGAAUCAAGUAUGGUAGAGACCUAUUUUUGUAGCCAAAUGUUAAUCAAUAUUUGUAGGCACCGAAUAAAAGAAGUGUUUGUGUUGGACCAUUAAUUUAUUUCUGUAAUUUAACUGAAUUUUGAACUGAAGUCCAUGUACCAUUUAUUAAGUAAGUGUUCCCCUCUACCUUAUUUUACUGACUAUUCCUACUCCUAAACUUCUGUCUGGGAUCUGCACUUGCUACUAAAAGUGACAAGAAGCAACAUAACCACUAUAGCGGUUGUCUAGUCUCUGGGAGCCAUCCAUCAGUUUAGUUAUGAUAUGACAUAAAUGAGUCUUUUCCUGGCUAAUGGAAACUGUCCCAAGCACCCUUAGCCAAUCAAUGCUGCCUAGCCUGGACUAAAUUGAGUUUGAUGUUAUGGAAUAGUUGAGAGCCCUUGUUUGUCACACCAUUCCUUAACGUUUGACAUUAAACUAAGUCAUGACAUGCUGACCCUGUAGGUAACAGAGAGAACUGCACUGGCUAGAUUGCCUCUUUAAGUAAAAAGAGAGCUUAUUCAAUUUAGUUUCUCCAAUGGGAAAUUAAAGACACUUUUAGACACUACUUUACAAAAGGAAAAUAGUUACGAUCAAAAUCUAACGCCACCCUCUGCAUGCAGACACUGAACUUUCCUCAAAGAGAUUCAUUGAUUCAAUGUAUCUCUAUGAGGAGAUGCUGAUUGGCUUGGCCAGGGCUGUGUUUGACUUGUGCUGGAUCUGCCCCUGAUCUGCCUCCUUGACAAGCUCAGCCAAUCCUAUGGGAAAGCAUUCUAAUUGGCUCAGAUCAUCACUUCUGAUGAUGUCAGCCAAGCAGGCAGAUCAGGGGCAGAGCCAGAAGCAGCAGACUUGACUAAAUUUACAGGGGCAAUGGGGGCCAGGAGGGCAAGAUGGCGAUUUUAACACUGUUUUUGUGUUCCGGACCCUAUAGUGUUCCUUUAAGGUUUACUCCAAACACCAUGAACACAUCAGUGAUUUGAAGUGGAGUCUGUAUUUGUGGAGUUUUGUCCCAAAAUGUGAAAUUCUGGACAGAUUUUAACCCCUCUGCUGAUGGAUAAUAUGCAUGAAUUUGUAACUCCACCUCUGGGAGCGUCACUGAGGCGUCAGUCACCCCAGAACAAGAGUUCCGGGCUGCCUAAUGGAAGUUCUUUGCAAAUUGGACGUCUGUCGACAGCAAGCACAGCAUGCUGGCGACAGGCAUCUAAUGGUGGAAUGGCUCUCCCCUCUGCCGGAUUAAAGGUAAGUCUUUUUAUUUAUUUAUUUACUUGGUGAGGAAGGGUCAUAAUAGUUAGGGGUACCCUAACCAAUAACUGUUUAAUUAAAGCAUUGUUUUUUUGGUUGGAGUAAUCCUUUCACCGCUACAGUAAUAGUUUUAAUUGUGCUUAUAACUAGUCAUGUAGUACUGCAAGUGUUCCCAAUUACAGUAAGGAAGCAGAUUCCAGGGUACACCUACUUUUUUUUACCUUCUCCAAUAUCUGAUUAGUGAUACAUACUAACAGGCAUUUUCUUCAUAGAUUUAAUGAAUUGUUAUAUGCGAAUCCAGACACCUAUUAAAAAUACAUUUUAAGCACUGCAUUCAGGAUAUUACAUCCCUGAAGUUGGUGUAUUUAUGGCUUGAGGGACCCCAGUAUGCUACUGCACACUGUUGAAAGCCAUUGCCUCACUGUAUCCUGGAUUGCCAACAGCUGGCAUUCAUAUUAAAUGCUUAAAAAACAAGGAUAUUUUUUGACAUUGAAAGAUAGUACUUUGGAUAGAAGAGUCUGUUACAAUUAAUAUAAAUUUACAAGAAGGUUAAGAAACUCUGCAUUUAAGAACAUUUUUGUGUGCCUUCCUCAUUUAUAUAUGAGGUAGCUGAUAUCUUCAAAGCGUUGUUGGUUAGGUGCCAAGGAGGUAUGCCAAGGGUAAAACGUAUAUAGACCUACAGUGCAUGUGCUGCCCUUUGUAGGAACUGUCAUUUAUCAUAUGACAGUCUCAUGUGGAAAUGAUGAAAUUGGUUCCAAACUAGAAGACAGAAAGGUCUCUCUUAUAUUGAUGAGUUCUUUAUCCGGAGAAUCACUGUCCUACUUUUGUGCUUGACUCUAGUGCAUUUAUACUGUGCCCUAUUAAGCAUCUAAGUUGUGUAUACCAUGGUCAGUGUUCCCAUGGAAUUUCCAAAAAUCAACACUCCCAGUGAAUUACUGCAUCGGAACAGUCUCCUUGGAUUUUUAUUUUUUUUUCAUUUGUUUAUCUCACUGAAUACGUUUCUCCUACAGUAUGUUCCUAUUUUUGUUUUUCUAUACCAGUAAAAGAACAAAGGCAGUUCAUUUCUGGAACAGGAAAACACUGUUUUCCUUGUCUUCACGGGAAAAAGUACUUCUAUUUCUUUUUUUGUCUUUCUUGGCAUUUUAGCUUAAUCAGAUAAAAGAUGAUAUCACCAACUUUAAAAAAAUAAACUUAAAUAUCCUUUCCUUAAUAUGUAAAAUGAUUAUUUAUUUUUUAAUCUAAUUUUUGCAGGUACUGUGCUAUUAUCCCAUUUCAUCAUUGGCAGAAUAUCGCUGUGCAAUGCCUUCUAAGCCAAAGCCGGUAUAAGAAGCUUGUCCAUUCAACUCUCUAGUACCCUAGGUGUCAGCAGGUAGGUCAGGCGAGGCUUUUCUUAAUCCUGAAAUGUCUGUUUAGGUUUGCAAGCCAUUGCUGUACUCCCUCCCCUUGUUACUUGUGUCCGUUUCAAGCUUAACCCCAAAACCCUCCUUGUAUUAUUUAUUUUAUUUAUUUUGCAGAAUUGAAACUAGCAUGGGGAACUGUAAACUUUCUCUCUGGGGAUAUGCUGGUUCCCAAAAAUAACACAGUAUUUAGGUGCUGGUUUUCUUGCCUGUAAAUGACAGUUUGCAAUAGCAGGGUUAAAUGCAUUUUUAUUCUCAAAUGGUUGCGCUAAAGGUUUGAUAUAUGUAUUUUUAGCACAUCCAUCCCAGCAUUACUUUUCUUGUUUUCCAACACUGCAAAGUCACAAGACACAAAAACAAAAUGCUUUUAGUGUCAGAUGAAAAUAUUUUUAGAAAUGCCCGUUCUGUAUAUAGUGCCUUUACUAUGUAAACCCAUUAUCUAUUGACGUCUGUACACACAGCCCUGAAAUAUAUGUAUUUCUCAUAUGUGCUUUCAACACAUAUGUGUUCAGUCUGCAAGUUUGCGAUUCCUUUUGUGCUUAGCCAAAUGGUAGUUGCAGUCCACAGCAACUAGAUUGCUUGCUUGCAAUAUUCAUUCUUGUACUUUAGACCCAAUGUUCAGAGAGAUGACUACACUGAUAUCUUACGUAUUAUAAGAAGGUUAAUAUUGCCUUCACAGUUGUUACCAGCCCCUCUGGCACAGCACAUAUUAAAUUGUUGGGAGGGAGGUGGGGCGGGAGGCAUUUUUUAUAAAUGAAAGAAUAUGGCCAGGCUUGCAAUCAUUUUCAUAUUCACAGACGAACUCUCACAAUACACGUUACACAAUGGAAAAGAAAAAUGGGAAAUUGGAAAACUGAAAAAGAAGGAAGUUAAACAAUAGCUUAUUUUGUUGGCUUUAUAUCUGGUUAUGUUUAAACACACUCCCUCCCCAUCACCCAACCUUUCAGACAUUUUACAUACAAUUUAAAGGGACACUAUAGUCACCAGAACAACUACAGCUUAAGGACUUAAAAACAGCUUAAUGUAAUUGUUCUGGUGAGUAUAACAGCUCCCUUCAGGCAUUUUCAUGCAAACACUGUCUUCUCAGAGAAAAGGCAGUGUUUACAUUGCCCCUACGAACAUCUCCAAGUUCCUGGCUUAGGGCUGCACAGUAGCCCUGUGGUUCUGAUUGGCCAAAACACCAUUUGGCCCCGCCCCCGUGCCAUUGUUUUUUUCCCUAUGGUAAAGCAUUGGAUUGGCUAAAAAUCGACCAUUUCGAUUAUGUCACAAAGGGGGCAGAGCCAGCCCCAGCCGCACUGGAAAUAAGGUGAGUUUUAAACUUUUAUAGGGAGGAAUGGGGGGUUUAAAUGGUGGGUUUAACACUAUAGGGUCAGGAAUACAUGUUUGUGUUCCUGACCCUAUAGUGCUCCUUUAAGGACUUAAAAACAAGACUACGGAUUUGACCAAAAGGAACAAUGUCAAGAUCUCUAUAGUGACUAGUAAGAAGGUGCAAAGAUCAUGCUUUUAAGACUGGGCCGUAAAACAAUUUGCUAUAUUCCUUUCCUGUUUAUAGUCUAUUGGAUUAAAUACCUUACUAGUUGUAGAUGAAGUGCACCUCGCAGUCAUCUCCAAGAGAGAAAAGUUAAUAAUUCACAAUAAUGGAACAUAUUGAAAGUGACAUUUGUAGAGAUCCGUUAACUAUUAACGGUUAAAAGCACACUUUAUUGUGAUAUUUAUAAAAAACUAGUUUGGGUUAUAUACAAAUGCAGAAAUACCUUUCACCCCUUUCCUGCCUGCUUCAUAACCACUUCUACAUAUAGCACCCACACUCCCUGAGCUCCCCACACCUGCAGUAACCUCUGGACUACCUUCAUAACUGCUUCCUUGCUUACACUUUCCUCUGUAAUAUAACUCGUUUGGAAUUCUCUGCCUUAAGAGGUGGUUUUAUCAGAGUCUAUACAGAUUUUUAAACUGCAAUUGGAUAAAUACUUGCAAAAACAUAACAUACAGGGAUAUAAUUUCUAAUUAGUGGGGUAAUAGCUGCUUGAUCCAAGGAGACAUCUGACUGCUAUUUUGGGGUCAAGAUGAAAUUUCUUUCCUAGUUUGUUGCAAAAUGGAAGCACUUCAGACUAGAUUUUUUGCCUCCUUUUGGAUCAACAGCAAAAACAUAUGUGAGGAAGGCUGAACUUGAUGGACGCAAGUCUCUUUUCAGCUAUGUUACUAUGUAACUCUCAACUCCCUUUCUUCCUGUACGUCCAACUUGUCUUGUUGCAAAUAAUUGUCUGUCUAUCCACCUAUUGUACAGCACUGCAGAAUUUGUUGGCUCUUUAUAAAUAAUAGUAAUAACAGUGAUGGUUAAGCCUUGCCUCUCUAGCUUGUGCAGACAAUAUUUACAAAAAAUUCUGACAUUUAGUAAGCUGGGAAAGCAAUUUAUUAUGAAGAUCAUGUUCCGCAUAAUAAAUUUCACUUGCCCUGUCGUUGUAGCCGUGUGUGUAUUGCUCUUCCUUUUGGUUAAUCGGUGAGUAGUACUUUGUUGGUGGAGCUCCAGCAGAGGGGACACUUCCUCAGUGCAGAGUAAAUCUCAUGUGUUUGGAACACAUAAUUAGCUGUGCAUCCUGGCAGUAAAGGUAGUGCCCAACAGUUGGGGUGCCAGUUGUUAGCAGUCACUGUCGUUAUUUCGCUUCACAUUGCAGAAAGGAACUAGGUAGUUCCAGGUUCUGCUGUGUAAUUACUUUCCUGAAAAACCUAAAGUCUUGCUCCCAGGGAAAAAUUCAAUAAAAUAUGCGCUUCUCUAAAUCUAAAAUCAAUAUUACCUGUAAAUGUUUAUAGUUAUUUUACUGGUUUAUUUGUGAAAAAGUACAUUUAUAUUGUAUUAAAUCAUUUUUAUUUUAAGCACAAAACAAGUCAGGCACAGUUCCACAAUGAUGAGAAGCUUACAGUUGCAUACGCAGAGGCCUAUUAUUACGUGACAGUAUAGCGAAUUAUUGUCAUCAGGCAUUAAAUCUUAUGUAAUUACAUUUAUGACUGUACCAGGCUAAGUCUUAUAGCUCUAUAAAUUCACCAGCAUCAAAAGAAAACUGUAAGUAAUCUGGUGUCGGCUUGUGCCAGCAAGUAACUUUGUAAUAGGUGGGCCUUGCGGCUCGUAGCUGUGUAUGUUAGCGGGGCUUAAUGAUCAUAUGAUUCCAAUUGCCAAUAUAUGCGACCAUGUAAAUGUGUUGCAGGCAUUUAAUUUAAUGCAGCAUAAGAUAUAAUAUAGUUUGCCUCUAAUAGAUUUUAGGGAUGUGCUGUAGGUAAUGGGUAUUAAGGCGUGAUGUUCUGAAGUUAAUGUGCCUGAAGGGUUAACAUUCAAGUAAGCCUGCUGCCUUCACGGUGUAUAGAGGAGCCUUGUUAUUACAACUUUUUUAAAACUCUUGCACGUUGCAACAUCAGGGAACUCAGUUGUGCAGUGAUUUUAAGUUAAUCUGCGGCCAGUGCAUAGGACACUGACAAGUGUGGUAAGAUAUAGCCUGAGUAUGUAGGUUUAAGAUUUACACUGGGGCAUUGAUGUGCGUUACUAUAUGGUUCCAGUCUGCAUAGGGCUAAUGUGUGCGUCAAACUUUAGCAGGCGUAUGCUUAAAUUUUUUUAUUUUUUUUAAAUACUAAGUGCUAUAAUAAUCAGAGCGUCUGAAGCAAUAGCUCUGUAUAUAAGAAAUAAAGUGGAGGUAAUAACAUCCUAUAAUGCGUCAAUCUGAAGUUAACUGUAGCUGAUCAUGCAAUACAUGUAAUGAAGUAUAUAGGCAAACUAAUGCAGUGUUAAAAGAAAUGACCAUCCUAUAAUAAUGGAAAAACCAUUACGCUGAUGUAUACCUUAGCUAUUGAUGCGAUACUGGUAGAGGAAUGCAUAAACAAACAAAUUAUAUUAAGUGUACAUGGGUUCCCAUAUUAUCGAGAAAUAAACUAGGGUGCCUAUAUGUGAGCCUGUUCCUUGAGCGUCUUCUCAGAAUGUCAGAGUUAACGCAAGAUAUAUGUGACUAGAUAUAUGUGUGUUAAGAUAUAAGCAUAGAAAUAUACAUCGUAUAAUACAACAUUCUGGCUAUUCAAGUAGGCAAUAAUGAAUGGCGUCGAGGUUUUGCCCGUGGGGGCACUACAACAUAGCAUAUCCAUUCUGAAGCUGAUAUGUAUAAGUCACCAAAGUAAAUGUCGACGAAGCAGUUACAUAAGAAGCAUAUUCGUGUGUGAACUUGGUUAUAUUCAACACUGAGUGUAGACAUUCGGCGCGGACAGUAACUGAAUGCCCAGUGAGUGAGAGGGAGCAUUUAGAAAAUAAAAAUUAUUCCUGAAUGGCAGUCCGAGGGAGGCCCUGCAUGUCUCCGCUGCAGCACAGUCCCAGGGACGCCGAGCCUCCGUCCGUCACUUCCGCAGUGCCCCCAGUCCAUCCUCCCCAGCACCCCGCUGUUCCCUCUGCAGUGUGUACUCCCAUGUCUCUCCCGGUGCCAGCCUCAUUCUUGGGGCCGGUGCGCGGCCUCCACAGCCACCGGUCCACCGGAAGGUCAGCGCACUCCUUCCCCACAGGGCUCACAGCAGCAGGGACAUGGCUCUCCAGGGACCCCCAUACCUAGAGGCCGGGGUACUCACUACUCCUGUGGGUGCGGGAGCACCACAGAGGCUCCAUCUGGUGCUCCGUCUCGCCCGAGUCCGCACGAGCCGUCCAUGCCAGGCCCCGAUGCUGUAUGCGCUGCUCAGCUUCUUCUUCUGGGCUUCCACAAGCUCGUUUCAAUCUCGCCCUGGGUGCUUCCUCUUGAACUGUGCACCCUCUCCACCGUGUUGGCCUCCACAGUCUCUGUGGUCUGUUAUUCUGGAAGGCCUCUUCCUGACUUCCCUUGCCAGUGUAGGGGACCAGCGUGGUCCUCGUGCGGAGAUGUCCACCUCGGCAUGUGCUGUCCCCAUGAGGCCGGGUUCACCCCCACCGGCUGGGGAGGGGGCGGAGCAGGCCCCAGAGCCGGUGUGGUCCCCCGAGGGGAUAGGUGACUCCAUGAUGCGUUGUUCAUCCGAGCGGAUCACCAGUCUCUAAGUCAGGCUUAUGCUAACAGGUAGGCCGGAUUUAUUUGUGUUAGUGUUCCUGGCGUGCUGUCGGCCCUUUGCAGGUGUCUUUUUAAUGCUGGGGCGCUUCUCUCUUGCAGCAUGUUAGGGUGAGUUAUAUUAGGUUUUAUGGCCUUUGUUUGGUGCUCGGGCUCAGAGCCAUGCUUGUCUGCUUCCAGUUUGCCCGGCGGCCCGGCCCCGCCCCCAUACAUUUAUAUUGUAAAUGCUGAAGACAAAAUAUAUAGAGGCACUUCCCAGUCUAUAUAUGCUCCUACUAAACUAUGCGCUUAUGUGGCACAGUAUAACUUUGUAAACUAUUGUGCCUAUAGAGCGCAAGAGUCCAUUUUAAUUUUGUUUUUAUGUUAUUUGCUCUCUAAAGUGACUUUCUCAUGCAGUCCAGGACAUACAAUGUGAUUUAUUCUUGUAAAACACUACAAAUUAUAUAAAUGAAGUAAGAUCCUCAUUUGGAGAGUAUUUCUAAUGUCACGUAGCCAUUGGGAGUGCAGAGCUGUGCGUUCUUUAUGUUUCUGACACUAAAGGCGAAGCUCAUUAUAUGUCAUUGCAACUAGUAAUGGCUUAUUAUAGGUAAAUGAAACACAGUGAGUGGCACCUUACAUUUUAAUGGCCAGUUUUCUUUAAAAGAGGACAUAAUGGAUAAAAACUGGCUGACCACAUAACCAAUGUUCAGCUGAGUGAUAUAUUAAAACCACAGAAAGUGUUUUAAGGUUUUGUUAAUUUUGCUAAAUAUUCAGUUGUUGACAACAACCUCUUCUCUGCAAGCCAGUUGUGCAGAGCAUUCUGCUGUGUGUGUUUAGAAGAAUGCACUAUAAUGUAUAUAUGAUUUAUUUAGCACGUGAAUGAGCAUGCUAUGCAUCAUGCAGAGCCAGGAGCUGGCUCACACAUGUGUGAUAGCGAACAAGCAGAACAGAGGCUAUUACUGAAGAGGUCACUUUCAACAUCAGUGUCCAUCGCAAUCUUGCAAUGGGUCAAAGUAACAAAGUCCUUACGCAUGACCCCUAAUAAAAAAAAAAAGUGUGCUGUUAACUAAGCAUUCAGCAGUCUAGUGCAGGGUCAGCAUUGUCUAUAAGAUGUUUUUUUUUUCGUUUGUUUGGUUUUUAUCGUAGCAAUAGGAGUGCAUAUAUAACUAUGAGUGCAAAUAUGAAACAGUGGUAGUCAGCCAUCUGCAUGUUGUGGACUACUUGUCCCCUGAUGCUUUGCCAUCAUUAUGGCUGUCAGAUCAUUAUGGGAGGUGUAAUUCACAACAUCUGGAGUGCUGAAGGUUGCUUACCCCUGCUAUGUAAAAUAGUCCUCUCAUCUCCACCAAUGUUCAUCUUAAUGGAUGUAUACAUCUUCAUUUUAUAUGAAUAGUUAUUCAGCUGCAUGAAUUUGGUGGCAUCUAAUGGGAUUUGAUGACUUCAAUAAAAGAAGUGAGAAGGGUAGACGUUGGCUUCAUCAGAAGCAACGGGAAGGAAAAAGGCAGGGUUUUUACGAGAUACAGUAGCCCCGGAGGUACAAGUCUAAUAUCCCAAUAACUAAUGUUCCAUUUGAAGAAAAAAAAAAAAAAAGCUGACAGUAUUCCGAUUGUGAAGUUAACUGGCAUCAUCUUUUAAGUUGAUUUUAUGGUUAUCACAAAAUCCAUUGUAGCUGCUUUCUAUGAUUGUAAAGAUACAUUUUCAAGAGUCUUUAUACUUUUCUAACAAAACAAAAAGUAACCAAUACAGCUUCCCGUGAUAUCAUCCCUCCAGUGCUUCUCAGUUUUAGAAAACAGAAUUGUAAAGCAAACGCAGUGGAUACCAUGUUGAAGAGCUUUGAAGCAGUUCUCCUGUUGGAAAUACCACAUUUCAGUAGCGAGCUUGCUUUAAGGAUGAGAAAAUAGUUAUACGCCACAUUUACAGAUAUUUCAUUCGUCACUCAACACUCUAUAAACAUAAAAUGGAUAGUCUGAGUGGUGUUAUUAUUCUAUCUACAAAAUUGCAGUUUCCUUUGCAAGAAAGAUGCCACAUAGAAAUACAGAUUUUGACAGCUUGUUAGAACUUAGUAUUGCCCCAUCUUACAUGGUAUAAAGGUUUAUAACCUAUGUGGCCUUCAGCAUACACUGCACAUGACCUCUAAAAUGUCUGAGACAUAAUGAAUACUCUAAAUGCAGCAGAUCCUACCUCUAAUGGGAAACAAUUCUAUAAAUCUUUCAACGUUUUGGUAGCUGAACACUUCCUUACAUGUCCGCUUGUGUAGUAUAUUAAAUAAUGUCCUCUGUUAUGGAAUAAUUCUACCAGAAUUGGCUAUCUGAACAAAAACCAUUGUUUUAACCUACAACCUUUUUGGCCAAUCAGUCAUUCAGUCAUUGGUUCGAUUCUUUGAAACAGCUUCUUUAUUUAUUGAAACAAAAUUACUGAGAUAUUACCACAGUGUUAAAACCUUCUAGACAUUUAACAAAGACUCCCCACUUUCACAAACUCUGCUAAACUGCUUUUGCCCUACUUCCUGGCUUCACUCCUGUAUCUUGUACAAACAUUCCUUCAUUUUUCUUGAAAUGUGUAAAGGACUAUUUUGCAUGUCUUGGUGUGAGUUGUGGAUGUAUAUUGUAGUUGUGUUUUUUUUUAUUAGUUUCCUAGUUUUUAUUGGAAGUUCUGGUAGCUCUGUGUUCAAGGAGAGAGGUGUGUUUGUGUGUGUGUGUGUUUUCUCUCUCAGAGAGAGAAGCAUGGAAAGCCAGUAUUAUGUGGGGUUAUUCUCAAACGCUAAGCAUGAUCCUUGUGGUCACAUUACUUUACCAUUUUAAUGACAUGUAUAAAAUGUCUGAAUGGGUUUUAUACUUAAGAAAAAAAAAGUGUCCAAAGAAUUCUGCUCACUUCUCGCCUUCACAACAAACCACUCCCACCUCUAUUUUGCUGGCCAUGUACAGCAACAGACAAGGGAUCGUGUGGAACCUGAUGAAUGAAAACCUCUUUUGAAAAAAACAAAAACUUUACACUCAGGAUAAUAUUUCAGAACACAUCACAUCCUGCAGGGUUUUAAUUUACCCAUUUGUUAUGCCUGCCUGUAACAUAAGGGCCUUUAUAACAUUAUUAUUUAGCAGAAAAAAAUGUGCACAGUUUAGCUCCUGCAAGUGAAGUACCCCUUAAAUAUGUAUAAAGGAAUGCAGAAACCCCAAUAAUAGUAAAGGUGUUCGAACAUGAGGUAAUGUGUGACCAAUUAUACAGGGUGAGUCAAAAGUAAGGAGCCUCUCAAGUAUUGAUAAAUCUUAAAGAGGGACACUCUCAGCAUUAUAACCCUUUCCCUAAACUUCCCUUUAGUUUAAAUUAUUUGUCAAACUGACAAAAUGAGGUGCUGCCUCCUCUGAAGUGGGGGGCAUUGCAGGUUCUACUGUCUUGCAGCAAUUGCAAAGAGUGACAUGUCUCUCUGAUGAGAGACAGUUGUGUGCAAUGCCAAUCAUCACAGGGAUAACACAGGGACAGAGACUUUACUCUGGAACCAAAACCACUUCAAUAAGGUGAAGUGGUUAUGGUACCUAGACUGUCCCUUUAAUCUCUUGUUAACACUAUGUAAUAGACAAAUUAAUUAACCUAUGUUGUGUGUGAGUGUUUCUAACUUCAUUACUGAUAGUGCAAGCAUUUGAUAUUUUCUAAACUUUAAUAUAAAAAUAAACCAGGUCAUUUAACAUGUGGAAAGACCCACUGAAAUCUGAAACAGAAAAUUAAAAACUGAUCUCUUAGCUGUAACUGCAUAUUAUACUCUAUGUGUUGAAUGAACUUUAAACAGUUAACUAUUUACAUAUAGUCAUUACUUGUAUUUGCUUUCACCAUUUACACUAAUCAACCACAACAUUAAAACCAUCUGCCUAAAAUCGUGUAGAUUUCACUUGUGAUGCCAAAACAGCUCUUUGAAUCAAGACAUGGACUCCACAAGAUCUCUGAAUGUGUCAUGUGGUAUCUGGCACAAAGACAUUAGCAGCAGAUAAUUUAAGUCCCGCAAGUUGCGAGGUGGGGCCUCCAUGGAUCGGAUUCGUUGUUCCAGCACAUCCCAUAGAUGCUCAAUAGGAUUGAGAUCUGAGGAACUUGGAGGCUAAGGCAACACCUUGAACACUUUGUCAUGUUCCUCAAACCAUUCCUGAACAAUUCUUGCAAUGUGACAGGGUGCAUUAUCCUGCUGAUAGAGGCCACUGCCAUCAGGGAACACCAUUAUCAUGAAGGGGUGUACGUGGUCUGCAACAAUCACUAGGUAGGUGGCACAUGUUAAAGUAACAUUUACAUGAAUGUCAGGACCCAAGGUUUCCUAGCAGAACAUUGCCCAGAACAUAACACUGCCUCUGCCUGCCACCUUCUUCCCAUAGUACAUCCUGCUGCCAUCUCUUCCCCGGGUAAAAAACACUCAUGCACUUGGCCAUCCACCUGAUCUAAAAAAAAAUGUGAUUCAUCAGACCAGACUACUUUCUUCUAUUGUUUCAUGGUGGAGUUCUGAUGCUCACGUAAUCAUUGAAGGUGCUUUUUGGUGAUGGACAGGGGUCGUCAUGGGAACUCUGAGCUGUCCAUGGCUAUGCAGCCCGAUAAGCAGCAAACUGCAAUUCACCUUUCUAUAAUAGCCAGCAUUACGUUUUCCACCAAAUUUGAGCUACAAUAGCUCUUCUGUGCGAUCAGACCAGAAUACCCUUCACUCCCUACGUGCCCAUGACCCAAACUUCAGUUAAUCAGUUGUCCUUCCUUGCACCACUUUUGGUAGGUACUAAGCACUGUGUACAGUAAAUACCCCACAAGACUUGCCAUUUUGGAGAUGGGCUGACCCAGUCGUCUAGCCAUAACUAUUUGACCCUUUUCUAAGACACUCAGAUCUUUUCGCUUGCCCAUUUUUCUAACACAUGAAAUUCAAGAACUGACUGUUCAGUUGUUGCCUGAUAUAUCCCACCCUUUGACAGGUGCCAUUGUAAUGAUAUUAUCAAUGUUCAUCACGUCCCAUGAUAGUGGUUUUAAUGUUGUGGCUGAUUAGUCUACAAAGCAGGGCUUCUUGUCCCUCUAUAAUGUCCUGUACCACUUGUUGAACUAGAUUCAUACAUACAUAUAUGCACUAGUAGUAGCAGAAUAUAUUUAUAUAGCUGUUGCAUUGGCAUAGUGCUUGCUAUUCCUGGCAUGUUUUGUGUGUUGUCAAUACAUUUCCAGGUGCAUAAAAUAUACUUUCGCAGGCAAUCACGGUAGACUGCAAUCUUGGCUCCCAAUAUACCUCUUCGUAAAAAAUGGACUUAACAUUCUAUUUGUUUAUGAUCAAUGUGGAAUUCAUUUUAGCAUGCAUUAGUUGGAAUUCACAUGCCUUUCGGUGUGUGGUAAAACAUGAGCUAUAUAUAUAAUAUACUUUCUUUCUUUGGUGCUGGGCAGAUGGCACUGAUAAUUUUUUUUCUUUCCUGUUGUCUGACCCCGAUUUGUCUCUUUCCGUAUCAGGGGAUUUGGGGGCUAAUACUUUCAGUAUUGUCAGGGUCCUGCAGCACAUUGCACGUUCCCUCCAGCACGGGAGAGGUCAGAUCACCCUUUCCUAUUUCCAUUAUCAUUUUGUUAUUUUCAGUUUCUCUGCUCUGUACCGCUCUUCUCCCUCCCCGCACACUUCAGCUGUUCUUUAUCAGUCUUUCUCCAGCCUGUCUAUCUCUCCAUUUAACUCUUUAUCACUUUUUUUGUUCUAUUUUCUUAUGCUGCUUCUGUUUCCCUGUCUGCUUUUCUACUUCCCCACUUGCUGCUAUUCUCCUCCCAUCUGAGUUAUCCCCCUCUUCCUCACCGAUCACUCAACACUCACUCUUACCCCUCAUACCUCUCUUGCUCUUGGUUUCAUCCCUCCCUUCCCCCUCUCCUGUCUUCCAUCUGUCUCUCCCCCCUUCAUCUCCUCCUUUUUUCCACCCACCCCUGCUGUUGUUUUCUCUUCACAGUCAAUCCCUCAUAUGUAUAUUUUUUUUCUCUUCCCUAGUUUUAUUUUUCCCCCACUCUUUCCUUCCUUUUUAUCUUGAGGACAUACCACUCCUCCCCCUCCUUUCUGCCUUUUUCCUGUUUAUCGAGAUCAUUCUCUCCUUCCCCCCUUUCUGUCUGCCAUCCUUCUUAUCUUUCUAAAGCACACUUUUUCCUUGUCUCCUCGUUUCUUUCAUAUGUCUCCCCUCCCUCUAUGCCCUGCCUCUCCCAAUGCCUUUCUUUUCAUAUCUGUCUCUCCCAACGUGUCUGCAGUUACCCCUGUGCUCCUUUCCUCCUUGCAAGACCUAUAUAAUAUAUAUAUAUUUUUCUGUGCCUGCCUGGUGUUCUGUAUCAGCUAACCCGCCCCUCCCUCUUCUCCUCUCUGUCUGAUGUCCAUCUCUUUCUACAUGUCUUUCUCUCAAUUGACAUCACUCUGCUUUUUCAUUUUCAUUUUCCAUAUCCAGCUCUAGCUUGUCCUUUAACACAGCCGGUACUCUUCUAUUCUUUUUUUUUUUUAUUUUAUUUUUUUCGCAUCAGUCUCUUCUGUAAUUUCUAUCUUCGUGUCCAUCAUCUGUCAUCCCUCCCCUGUCACCUUCUGCCCAUCUCCCUCCUUAUUUUCCCAGUGUCUCUCGAUCUCACACUCACUCCCCCACCUUGUUCUACUUCUAUAUAUUCCUGCCCUCCCUCUUUUCUCCUUCGCAUCCCCUAAUUUGUUUUACAAUGUACUUUUUCUAUCCCUGCGUUCAGUUAAAUCUCCUUUUUUUACUGACCACCCCCGAGCCUCUCCUAAUACUUUAGUCAACAAUCUACCUCAUCUUUCAUUUCACUCGCUUCUCUUGUUUAGUUUUUAGUUUUUUUUCAUUCUUCUUCCUUCGCUCCACAUGCCCUUUCCCCUUGUCAAGCUCCCUCGCUUGUCCAUCCUCUUGCUAUCCAUUUUUUUUCAUCUUUAAGCCUUGCUUUUUCUUUCUUUUGCGUCUCAGCACACUUAUCAUCUCUCACUCCACACCUCCUCCUUAUACUUCUCUCACCUCAACCCCCCCUUCACAGUAUCUUUUCUCUCUUCUGUUUCCCUCCUCCCAUUCCCUUUUUUUUUUACCUCUCCUGUCUAACUCUCAGUACAUCUCUGCCUUGUCCCUCCACUGCUUCACUCUCCCUUCCUCCCAUGCCUCUCCUUUUAUCUGCCUCAUCUGUCUUCUUCUUUCUUUUGCAGUGCCUCACUCCCACCCUCCCUCCCUGUUUCUCUCUUUCUCCUUCUCUCUCUUUCUCUCUCACACAUUCUCUGUAUCUUUCUUUCCUCUAUUCCCACUUGUUUUAAUAUCUAUCUUUUUAUUUCUUUACUCUGAUACAAAAGAGAGUUUUACACGUAUUUUUGACAUGACUAAAAUGAACGCAACGUUUCUCUCAUCCCUCCUGUGUGUUAGAAACUUGAGUUGUUUUUUUGUAUUUUUAUUCCACCCUCAAAUACAUCUCAUGCUUUGUAUUGUUCCUGAAACCUUUCUUAGAGAUUUUCCAAGGUAACUCUUUCCUGCUCUGCUGUCUGCCUCAGUGGAAUUCUAAAGCCCUGAUGCAGUCAGAUGAAAUAGAGCACAGUUCUAAACCAUAGAGAAUGGAUAGGCCUUUAAAAAAUAAAAUAUAUAUGUGUGUGUGUAUGUAUAUAUAUAUAUAUAUAUAUAUAUAACUAUUUCACACUCAGAAGGUAGAUACAAAAAAAAAUAAUUAUGUGAUAAAAUGAAAUAAUUGCUGUGUCACCUUGUAUGUUGUUGAUAUCAGUUUAUUGUGGAGUGAGGCUCGCUCAGUAUUUACACUGUAUAUUUAGUGGUGACAUUCUGCCAUAUAUACUUUUGACUGUGCUACUAUUGUCUUACGUUACUGUUUGUCAGUUAUUCGUGCAUAUCCAACGAAGGCUGUACCGCUGUGUAAAAUGUCAAUUGUGGAAUUUUUAUAUUGUUUACAUCGUGUACAGUAACUAAGACUCCACUGUAACUUGUACGGGUACACUAAACAGAUCAAAACAUGAAUAGCACAUUUGUAACACAUGUUUUUGUGUUAGGCCUUUAUUCAGCUGAUACUUAGCUUGCACAUUUUAAAGAAAAACACCAAGCUGCCUUGUAUUAAAAAAAUAUGCACUCACAUAUGAAGUUCCUGGAUUUGCAGCCAAUCCCCAUUACGGUGGAGCUUCUUCAGAAACCUUUCACCAUUUUAGGAAGUGAAUUUUCUCACUUAAACAUCCUCUGUAGGCAUCAUAACCACUACAGCCCACUUUAGUGGUUAUAGUACCUGAAGUCUUUUGGCACUGUCCCACUGUAAGUAAUAUCAGAAAUGGAAGCUGGAAUGGAGGCACCCAGGGGUCAAGGUAAGUGUCAGAUUGUUGUAAAAUGGUUUGACUGUUUACUGUGGGACUGCACCAAGGGACUAUUGGCACUUUAAUCACUACAGCAAAGUGCAGUAUUUAUCAUGCCUAGAAUGCCUUUUUAACUUUCUAAUAGCAUUUAUGAGCUUUUCCCAUAAGUAGCGCUUUAUGAGUAAAGUAAGGGUUUCUGUGAGUUGCAUAAAAUACAAAGCCAAAUUCCGUACCGCUACCCCAGGGAUAAAAAGUAAAACAGCUUACUCCAUAGUUUAGCUGCUCCAAUAGGUGCCAGUUGUGCUGGUUUCUCUGUUCCAAAAUAAAAAAAAAUAAAAUAGAGAAAUAGUUUGGACCACACUCCUAUAGCAUCAGACCAGAUAUCACCUGGAGUAUUCUAUGAAAAGUGAUGUUUAUUGAUCAAUGCAGUCAUACAUUGCAGUAAAUCAGACAGAUAUUGUCAAAAAAUAAAUACCACAGCCCUAAAUACAGGAAAAAAACGACAAUAUUAAAGGAUAGCUGAAUGCAUUGCGUGUCUACUACAAUCGCUUUCUCAGCAGCAGCUUUUUCAAGUGUGUGGACAUAUUUUUGCUGUGUUUUUUUUCAUAUUUGUUUGUACCGGAAUAAUCUGAUUUACUGUCAUAUAUAACUAUUUUGGUCAUCACUUUUCAUGGAAAACUUCAGGUGAUGUCUGGUCUGAUGCUAUCCAAAGCAGUCCAAAGCUUUAUUUCUGCAAGUUGUAUUUCAAAUGUCCGUUUUCUAAUAUAGAGUCUUACUGUGGUCAUUACAUCACAAUAUUUUUGUAGCAAAAUUUGAAAUACUGUAGUCUGGGGAGGGCAGGACUGAAAUGGUGAGCUUAUAGGGUAUACCUGACUAUUUAAAAGAAAGAAUGUCCAGCUUAGCCUAAAGGGACACUAUAGUCACCAUACAACUUAUGCUUAAUGAAGUAGUUUCAUGUAUAGAUAAUGCCCCAUGCACUGCUCAAUUCUCUGUCAUUUAAAAAUUAAAUCACUUUUUUUUGGAGUCCUAGUCACACUUACACAGCCUUCCUAAGCAUAUCCUGUAAAGAGUCCUCUAAUGUUUAAACUUCCUUUAUUGCAAACUGUUUAAUUUGGAAUUUCUUAUCACAUGCUCCAUUAACUGCUCUGUAGACCCUGCAGGAGCCUACUGUCAAUUUACAGAGCAGAAGAUAGAAACUUUUAAAGUAACUUACAUCUGAUUGAAAAUUAAACCAUUUUCUUUUCAUGCAGGCUGUGUCAGGGGAGGUGCGGGUAGGGCUACAUAUACAGAAAAAAAAGUGAUUUUUUAACUCCUAAAUGGCAGAUAGCUAAGCAGUGAGACUACAGUGUCCCUUUAAUCUUACCUGCACAUUGCCCCUAACAUACAUGGUGUGUCACUGCAGGUGAUCUGGAAAGACUGAGUGAGAGAAUUUUUUCUAACGGUUGUUUUGCAUAAAAUGCUGCCAAUUUAUUGAUUAUUGUUAGUGAUGUCCUGAACGGUUCGCCGAACGGUUCGCCGAGGACUCAUCAUUGAGUAAACUUUGACCCUGUACCUCACAGUCAGCAGACACAUUCCAGCCAAUCAGCAGCAGACCCUCCCUCCCAGACCCUCCCACCUCCUGGACAGCUUACUAAGAAUGCAGCUUCACAAUGAAUGUAAAAUGGAUGCUGUCCAGGAGGAGGGUCUGGGAGGGAGGGUCUGCUGCUGAUUGGCUGGAAUGUGUCUGCUGACUGUGAGGUACAGGGUCAAAGUUUACUCAAUGAUGAGUCCGUGGCGAACCGUUCGGCGAACCGUUCGGGACAUCACUAUUUAUUGUAGUUGCUCUUAAUCAUAUAUCUAGGUCAGGUCCCAAAUGCUGGUCCACCCAUAAAAAUAAAAAAUGUCUAUAGUUUUGGUGAAAAUGUAUUAUAACACUAUAAAGUGAUUUAAAAAAAAAAAAGAAACCUUUUUUUAUAUAUUCACUUGUAGUAAUACACCGUAAAGGACAGGAGUGCAUGACCCAUCAGCUUUUCUUUCUUCUUUGAGAAGGUUGUUGCAUUCAACCAUCUGAUUGUUAGGAUGUACCCAAUGCAUAUCAAGCAGUUCAGCAAUGGCAUACCUUUUGGCUCUCAAAUGGUUAAGGUUCUAGAAUCCUACACCUAUUUACCAUUAAGUGCAGCGUUUUAUUUGUAAGGUCAGUUUUGUUUGUGUUGUAUUAAUGUACAGAUUCCGUGACUGAUUUUUUUCAGGGGAUUUUUGUCCGUAUGUUACCAAACACAAACAUUUUAUAUUGAAACCUGAAAUCCCAUAAAUGUAUUUUCAUGGUUACAACUGGUUCUUUGUGUUUGAGGUUUUUUAUUUGUUACUACUGUUAAUCUAUCUUCUCUUUUUAAUGCAAAUAGAUUUUAUGUAACUGGUCACUGAAGUUACAGUUUACUGGAAUCAGGAACCUUAAACUCUUACAUAGAUGAUGGUAUCUAAGAAAAAGUUCUCUAUUUUAACCAUAGCUAGCCAAAUCUAAAAGUUACUUUCCACCUCAAACUUUUAUUGACAGAAUUUAAUUUUUUGCUGUCUGUCGCAUGGGGCAUUGGUUUGUAAAUGAAAUAAGGAUGUGUUUGCAUUGCCUGUCUGUGUAAAUACAAUUAUAUAUUUUUGUUCACUGUUUACUGUUUGUAUUUGUAUUAGAAUGUAAUUGUGUACUUGUGUUUACUACCUAUGAUUGCGGGAGUGUAUAUGUGAUAAAUAUAUGCGUGAAAUGUGACUGCAAUGGUAUUUGCUAGGUCAGUGCCUAUUUUGCUGCAGAUGGCCCUGCCUGGCUACGCAUGCAUGGCAAAACUCCACACUGCUCCAAUCAGCAUCUCCUGGGGAACAUUCAGCACCUCCAUGCAGAGAGUGGACAUGCCGAACGCUAGUGUUGCAUACUGUGCAGCACUGACACAGAAAGCACCUCUAGUGGCCGUAUCAGUGAUUGCCACUGGAGGAGUCCCUAGGCUGUAAUCUAAGCGUUUACAUUCAAAAGCCUGCAGGGACAUGCUAUAGACACCAGAGCAACUACAUUAAGCUGUAGUUGUUCUGUUAUCUAUAGUGUCCUUUUCAGACUUUUUUCUCUCCUUUUGCAUACUUUUGGCAGCUGGAGUGGCCUCAUCAUUGGGCAGUGGUGUACAUACUAGGGUCGCAGGGGUCGCGACUGCGACCGGGCCCGACCCGGUAUGUACGCCCAGGGCCAGCCUCUUCCCCUGGGGGGCCCAGGAGCCGGCCACCCCAGGGCCCCGCCGAGGCUGGCCCUGCUGACCCCGAGUGGCCGGUCGGGCAGGCAGGCGGGCGCGCGAGGGAGCACUCAGUGCUUCCUCUUCAGCUCCCUCGCGCACUGCAGUGAUACCGGAGCCAGAAGAUGACGUCAUCUUCCGGCGCCGGCAUCCCUACGCGGCGCGCGAGGGAGCUGAAGAGGAAGCACUGAGUGCUCCCUCGCGCGCCCGCCCGCCUGCCCGACCGGCCACCCGACCAGGAGCCCCGCAGCACCACUGGACCCCAGGGAAUCCCCCCAGCACUCCAAAAGGUAAGGAGGCUGGGGGGAUUACAUUUAAAAAAAUAAAUAAAAAUCAUGUGUGAGUGUUAGUGUGUGUGAGUGUUAGUGUGUGUGAGUGUUAGUGUGAGUGUUAGUGUGUGUGUUAGUGUGUGUGAGUGUUAGAGUGAGUGUUAGUGUGUGAGAGUGUUAGAGUGAGAGUGAGUGUUAGUGUGUGUGUUAGUGUGUCUGCUAGUGAGUGUUAGUGUGAGUGUUAGUGUGUGUGUCUGCUAGUCAGUGUGAGUGUUAGUGUCAGUGUUAGUGUGUUAGUGUGUGUGUCUGCUAGUGAGUGUCAGUGAGUGUGUUACUGUGUGUGUCUUACUGAGUGUGUGUGUGUUAGUGAGUCUGUUUGAUGUCUGUUAGUGAGUGUGUGUUUGUCAAUGAGUGUAUGUUUUGUAAGUGAGUGUGUAUGUAUGUCUGUCGCUGAGUGUGUCUCUGUCAGUAAAUGUGUGUGUCUGUUAGCUAGUGUGUAUGCGUCUGUAAGUGUGUGUGUGUGUGUCUUCAGCACUUACCUUUCUCCAGCGCCGGACUCCCUUGGCGCUGAGGAUCCCUCAGCUCUCAGCUCCGAAUGCGACCGCGCACGCAUUCAAACCGCCCAUAGGAAAGCAUUACUCAAUGCUUUCCUAUGGACGUUCAGUGUGCUCCUCUAGCGGCUGUCAGUGAGACAGCCACUAGAGGCUGGAUUAACCCUCAGUGAAACAUAGCAGCUUCUCUGAAACUGCUAUGUUUUCAGCUGCAGGGUUCAAACUAGAGGGACCUGACACCCAGACAACUUCAUUUAGCUGAUGUGAUCUGGGUGUCUGUAGUGGUCCUUUAAAGGACCACUAUAGUGCCAGGAAAACAUACUCGUUUUCCUGGCACUAUAGUGCCCUGAGGGUGCCCCCACCCUCAGGGACCCCCUCCCGCCCGGCUCUGGAAAGGGUAAAACUUACCUUUUUCCACCGCUGGGCGGAGAGCUCUCCUCCUCCGAUCCUCCUCUUCUCCUCCCCGUCGGCUCGUUGCGCACGCGCGGCAAGAGCUGUGCACGCAUUCAGCCGGUCACAUAGGAAAGCAUUCAUAAUGCUUUCCUAUGGACGCUGGCGUGCUCUCACUGUGAAAAUCACAGUGAGAAGCACGCAAGCCCCUUUAGCGGCUGUCAAUGGGACAGCCACUAGAGGAAAUAGGGAAAGGCUUAACCCAUUCAUAAACACAGCAGUUUCUCUGAAACUGCUAUGUUUAUGAAAAAAUGGGUUAACCCUAGCUGGACCUGGCACCCAGACCACUUCAUUAAGCUGAAGUGGUCUGGGUGCCUAGAGUGGUCCUUUAAGUGUGUGUGCUUCUGCAUGCACUGGCGUACAUACCGCGGUCGCAGCCCUGUAACCCCUGCGACCAGGUGCCCACCGCCAUGUGUUGCGGCCCGGCCCGCGCGCGGGGGGGGGGCCCAUGGAUCAAUUUUCGCACCGGGGCCCCGUGGGUCAUGUGUACGCCACUGUCAUUGGGGUUUAGUAGACUUUAAGGCAGCACAUGGAGCUGUGCCACAUAUAUAUCUGAUUAGAACUCUAACAAUGCUUGGAGAGAAAAUGUGACAUCACACUUCUUUAGAGUACAAGGCACCAGGUAGUUUGUCAGAUAAAAGAUACCAGACGUUCAGCUCCUUGCUGAUGAACUUGUUACUGCCAACAGAAGCCCUGGCACUGGAUUCUCCAAAAACCAAAAAUCAGCCGCCUGCUUCCCUUUCCAUUUAGUGUCUGCGGUUAGAAUAACACCUUGCCAGAACUCAAUUUCAUAUGCCAAUGGCGAGUGGGAGACUGUUAAAACAGAACUGAAUAUUUCCACAGUAUCAGAAUAUUACACAGCAGAUGAAAAAUGCUAAUUACAACCACUAUCUUCUUGUCCUGGCAUGCAACUAGUUAAUUUUGUCUCCCUUUUUCCUUGAUACAUUUUGCAUGCAGUACAUUGGUUCCUACACAAUAUGUAAAAAGUAAAGACCCUCUUUGUUUGCCCCUUUGUCUCAUUCUAUUCCUAUGCUUUCAGUCUCUCCCCUUACUCUUCUCUCGUCUUUCUGUAUUCUUACAACACACCCCCUUUCUUUCUUUUUGUCCUCACUCUCUCUCUUCCUGUCCUCCCUCCCAAUGUGACAGUGUCCCUUGUUUCUGCAGCUGUCUCCUCCCAGUCUGCCUUUUUUUUCCUUUUGUCUGGGUCUAAUACACUCUUCCUAUUUUAACUCUUCCUUUACCAUUGUCUAUAUUAAAACUGAACUGUCUGUAUGGCUGUGCAAAUUAAGUGUCAAACCUUUCUCACUAUCAGAAAAGUGAUUUCUAAUAGUGAAGGGCUUAACGCCUUUUAUUAUUAUUAUUAUUAUUGCCAUUUAUAUAGCACCAACAGAUUCUGUAUUCUUUACAACGCCUGUAUAUUUAAUUUGUUAUUCCUAUGCGAGUGAAGUGGAAAUCCUGUGAGUUUCCUGAGACACUGACCUGAAAGUUGGCUUCCUAGCGGUCAGUCGGCUUUAUUUGCUAAAAUGUGGAUUCCUGGGAAAUUACUGUAUAAUUCAAACUACCUGCCAAAAUAUUGGAACUGAAAACAUAAGUAGUUUGGAGCAUUUUUUCUAUUCAGCUAUUAUGACCCUCCAUUUUAAAUUCACAUAGAAUUCCUGACAAUUCUUAGUUUAGUGAAUAACCCUGUGUGUAUUUUAGUUUGGAAAAGUAACUUCGGCUAGUUUUCCACUAACAAACCAAAGUUUUUUUACAGCUGAGAGUCAUUUUAUAUUAAAUCACUUUCUACCACCUCUGCUGGGAAGCAGUGACACGAAACUCACACCAAUCUGUGCAGCAUUUGUGUGUUAUUUUAAAGGGACACUAUAGGCACCUAGACCACUUUAUCUCAAGUCUAGGUGCCAUGUUCCCCGUUUUAACCCUGCUUCUGAAAAAACAUUGCCGUUCAGUGGAAUGGCAAUAUUUUCUUUGAAGGUUUUAAAUGUCUUUAGUGGAUGUUACUCAGACUGCCACAAGAGGCGCUUCUGAUAAUAUAGCUAAGUAAAACUCUGCUUUUUUAUCAGAUGGUUUUACAGAGAUAUUCUGAUUGGUGCACUUGGACGUGACUAGCGACCUAAACGGCCACCAGGGCACUAUGACGUUACAAAUAAACGUGUAUUCCUAAAGCUAUCGUGCUCCUUUAAGAUCUGUUUUUGACUUGACAUUUGAAUUGUUCCAAGAUUUAAAUGUUCAUGUUAAUCUUUUGAAACCCUCUGGCCUAAACAGAACACUGACCUAAAAAUGUUAUUUUUGUUUUGACUUAUUGUUCAGGUCAUUAUCUCUUGUGUAUUUUUUUUUAAAGUUAUUUUUAGGAGAUAUAGCUGUUUUAUUUUUAUUUGGGGGGGGGGAGGUGUCGUGGAGGGGUUCACCCUCUAAAUAAGGAAACAUAUCUUGUGUUUAUUACAGAAACCUAGUAUGUAAAGAUGUUAUAAAUAUUUAACUUGCUCCUUGUUCCAAUUCAUUCAAAGCAGUGUUUUUAAUAUUAUAACUUAUCCUGUCCAUAGAUGUGAGAAGGACUACAAAAAUUGCAGGGUAAAACUUACGAGGAAAGGUUAAAAGAUCUUAACAUAAAUAGCUUGGAGGAAAGACAAGACAGGGGAAUAUGAUAGAAACAUUUAAAUACAUAAAGGAAAUCAACUAUCACUUUACUGAGAGGGUAGUGGAUGCAUGGAAUAGCCUUCCAGCUGAAGUGGUAGAGGUUAACACAGUAAAGGAGUUUAAACAUCCAUGGUAUGGGCGUAAGGCAAUCCUAGCUAUAAGAUAAGGCCAGGGACUAAUUAAAGUAUUUCGAAAAUUGGGCAGACUACAUGGGCCGAAUGGUUCUUAUCUGCCGUCACAUUCUAUGUUUCUAUGUAGCACAGUAAAGGAGGAGAAUAUAUUUAAAAGAAGAAAAACUACCACAUCAAGAGGACAUUGUCUUAAAUUAGAGGGGCAAAGGUUUAAAAAUAAUAUCAGGAAGUAUUACUUUACUGAGAGGGUAGUGGAUGCAUGGAAUAGCCUUCCAGCUGAAGUGGUAGAGGUUAACACAGUAAAGGAGUUAAGCAUGCGUGGGAUAGGCAUAAGGCUAUCCUAACUAUAAGAUAAGGCUAGGGACUAAUGAAAGUAUUUAGAAAAUUGGGCAGACUAGAUGCCGUCACAUUCUAUGUUUCUAUGUAUAUGGACAUUGCACACACAGUGUCAUUUAUUCUGAAAAGGGUUAAAUGGUGAAGAAAGCAUUUUUGGUGUACUUGCUGCUUCCAGUUUCUUCUUGUCCCAGCUAGGAGUUUUGUUAAAAUGACUGCCAGGACUUGUCUGAAGACUUUCACAUAUUGAAUAACAUCCUCAUAAGACUUUCUUUUUCUGUCUGAUCAAGGUUUAUGACGCUCCAGAUUGGUUUGCAUAUUUAACUAGUCCAUACUUUAAAGAAGUGUAUAUUCAAACAAGCCUUGUUGUCAAGCAGUCUGAUUCUGUAAGUGAAGUCCUGCAUUGUGCAUUCUGUGUUUUUCUACAGGGUUUUGAAAUAGCUCUACGUGUGCUUUGUCCACCUAGUCACAGUGGUACGUUGCAUUCAACAGUUGACAUUGUUAUAUGGGGCGAGCUUUAGCCAACUGUCGCUUCACACUCACCCAGCUGCAUCGCCACAGUGAUAGUCACAACCGUCUGCUGCCGUUCACAGACAUGAUAACACUUAACAUAGAAUCACACAGAUUGAAACAUUGCAACAUAAUGUGCUAUGUUUUUAUUUCAUUUUAUAUAUUAUUUUUUGUGUCCCUGUGAUUUUCUUCUUUUAUGUGACUGCAACAAAAAAUGGACCGGUAUCUUUUGAGGAAAAUUGAUCUUUCCUAAAACAUAUAACAUUGUCAGCCUGCUUGUUUUUAGUGCUGGUGUUUUACAGAAGUUAAUCCUCCCAUAGCUCAAAAACAUAAUAUUCAACGUUACAAACACAUUCAGAAUGAAUCAAAUUCAGGCAUCAUCAUGUACUUUAUUUACACAGAGAAGUUAUACGAUGGUAUUUUCUGCUUUUCUUGAAACCUGAUUUUCUAAAACCCUAGAACAAGACAUCCCUAAUGUGGCGUACAGAACAUUUAGUAUAUUUCCUAUAUUCAUAUAACAUUAUUCAUUGAUGAAGUUCUCUGCAUCUAUCUCAUAUUCUGCUUUUUCCCAACUACCUACAGCAACCUCUACACAUCAUGAGUAUUCACAAAUCAUCAUUCAGUCACUGCCAGUCUACAUCUUUGUAAUACGAAAAUACUUUAAAUUAAAUUGCAGAGAUUUUUGUAUUGAAAAGUAAAUGCAAUCUAAGCCAUAAAAAUAUCAACCAGUAUGAUUUUCACUUAUAUUUGCAUAUAGUGGCUAUCAAUGGUUCAGGUCAGUGUUAUGAUUGCCAGUGGCACUUGUGAAUGAAGAAAGUGGGUUCUUAAACCAGUGAUGCAGUAGAGUUGCCGUGACCUAUUUAAAUUUCAGUGAAGCAUUUUUUUUAAAAAAAAGAUACCAAAAGUACAUCCUGCUGAUGCUGUAGAGCACUGUAAUACAUUCCAUACCAUUUUUUCUGGCAACGCAUUGAAUACAAUCCAAAUCUGUGCUAUCUCUGGUGAUAUCACUAUUUAUUUUUCAGUUAAAAAAAACGUCCAUUGACAGUGGAAUCAUCAUGCCCGAUUGUGCUUUGAGUGUGUGUUGAUGUGUGUGGCUGUAUCUCUCUGCCAUAUCUGUCCCUUGUAUCUGUCUGUAUGUUAGUGCCCUGAGUAGACUCUAUGUUGAGUGCACCAUCUUUCUCUCACCUUGCAUGUCUCAUUCUUUGGGCUAUAUUGGCCAAAUCUUUGUAACUCUCUUGUCAGUUUUCAAAAACUUGUAACUUAAAGACAAUUUGUGUUGUUUAUAUCUUUACUUUAUGUAUCUUUCUUUUUGUUUUUAUGUCUUACUCUUGAUACCUAUGUACAAACACACACAUGUUUUAAUUACACCCUAUCAUGGAAUUAUUUUAACACACUUCGCCUGACAACAGAAUGAUCAAAAUGAUGAUAGAUAUAAAGCACUUGGGUCUAUGUUAGUGCCAUAUAAUGCUAAUAAUAAUAACGUGUCUUAAAAUAACAAAUGAAGCGGAACAGGCAGAAAAAAGCAGGCACUGCUGAGGAAUUAAGGCAGGCAAAGUAAGUCUCAAGGCACGUACAAACAAGUCUUUUUAAAGAGAUGCGGAGAUCCAUCAGCAUUGCUACAUAAUUUAAAAACCCAAACGAUAGAGGUUUGUCUCAAAUAAGAGGUGGGUAAGUGGACAGUGGGAUUGUAUGCACUAAAUGGAGAGAUGGAGUAGACCUUGAAAGGACCCAUUGUGGUUAAUUGAUCAGGGAUUGGGGCACAGCCUUAGUUAAUGCCAUUUUUACAUUAUGUGUGAAUAUUUCCUGCACACUCAUACUGGCACUCAAGGGUCUUUUGAGGAGGCCAAAUAUAACCUGCAAUUUUGCUUUCUAUUAUGAUAAAACUAGUGCUGAAUGUGGCAGCUUCUCUGAGGCAAUAUCUUCAAAAAUGUUUUUUUCUCCUGGCAUUUCUUUGUUGACUUCUGUCAUCUAACAUGGACGUUGUAGAUGACAGUGUGUCCUUAAACCCCUGUACAUUAGCUGUAUAUCCCCUGAGCUAUGGGAGUAUGGCUUCUUACUAUGAUCAUCUCCUCCCUCUUCUCUGAAAGCUCAGAGGCACUCCUUGACAGAGGGUUUCAGUUGGUCAACAUUGGAAGUCCUGGUAACACCUAAAGCAGGGGUACGCAACCAUCGGCACCUUAGAUAGUGUGGACUAGGGCUACAUCUCCCUUGAUGCUUUGCCAACAAUAUUCCUGUAAGAACAUUAUGGUAGAUGUAGUCCAAAACAUCUGGAGUGCCGAAGGUUGCCUACUCCUGACCCAGAGACUAGACUGUCUACUACUUCUAAGUGAGCCUUUCACUUUUUCCAAGUUUAUUAGAAUAAGUACCAUUCACUUGGCUAAUGAUAACUUCUAGACCACAGAACAUACUUGCAAAUUAGCAUAAAGCUCAGUGUAGCUUUCCUUGUUAAAUAGUUUGUUGUUGUCAUUUUUUUUUUUAUCAAUACUAAAUCUUUCACAGAACUGCAGUAAAAUUACUAUCUUCCUUCUCCGCUGCUAAUGCAUUUCUGUGUCUAAUGCUUGAAGGGUAACAAGUUCACUUACAAAAAAUAGCAUUAUGGUGUUUCGAUUUGCAGUGUCACGUUUAUAAUUUUAAUGUUUUCACUGAUCUGGAAUCAGAGCUUAUUAUCAAAAGUCCAAGGAGGUUAAAUAUAAAGAGCAAUUCUGGAGCAAACCUAAAAAAAAUGUUAACUGUAACUAUGGAAACCAGUAGAAUAUUGCUGCGGAUUCCUACUCUUUUGUUUUGGACCUGAUUAGCUCUUAAUUUGUAAAGUCCCUACAGAAGCCUUUCUUUUGCUCUGCAUACACAUAACAAUUGACUGGUAUGAUGGUUUUGCAACCUAUCAAUGUUGCUAAUUAAAAACAAAAAUCUUCUCUACUCCAUAGACUAAAAUUAACCAUCUGAUAAGAAAAUUAAGUUGGGAAUGAUGGGAGUGGUUGGCCGUAUAAAUACUACCAUACUUCCCUAUGCUGAUUUUUACGGUUCUGCACACUCUUUAUAUUUCUCACUCUAUUUUAAAUUAAUUUUCUCAUUGGUACGUUAUCAAAUUCACCUUUCACCUUCUAUAUUUUUUCCCUUUCUUUAUUUUUCCUUAUCUUUCUCAAAGGUAGGCACUCUACAGGCUUAACCAUAUGGAAGACUGCCUUGGCAUCUGCUGCUCAGCCAUACCUUCAAACGUUCAUCAUCAUAUUAUAAAAAUGUUGAUGUAUAACAAACUGUCUCGUGGCAAAUCUAGUGCAAAGAUUACAGUCGGAAUAGAAAAGAAGUCUCGUAAAUUAACCACUGUCUGAAACAUGCUUAUAGACUUAAAUAAUUUUUUUAUAUUUGUGAGAUGGCAAACACAUCAUUGUAGUAAACCAACUUUCUGAUUUAGCUUUGGAACGACAGGGUUAACAACAAAGCAAAUCCCAUUUCGUGGUUGCAGUGAAAUCUGUUUUAUUGUAAUAUAAUCCUGGUAUAGCAGCUAGUGCCGUGGAGGAAAUGGAAAUUAAAUGAGGAUGGGUCAGAGCAGUUGUUUUUUUUUUUGUUUUUUUUCUUUGUUUUUUUUCCCCACAGUGGCUGGUUCCCCUGCUGGCAAUUUUUAGUGGUCAUAUUAUAAAAUGAUUGUCCCAAGUCACUAUUUGUUGCUGUGUUGACAGAACCUGAGUAUCUUCCAAGUGAAGAUCUGGAAAAUUUAAAAGCUUAUUCUUUUUUGUCUUUAUGCCAUGAAGUCAGUUGAAAUGCACUGGGACAUCAAAAUAAAAAUGCAGAGGAGUGAUAAAAAAAAAAAAAUUGUCAUAACUAACGAAUUUCCCAAGGGAGUUUUUCUGAUCAUCUAGAAGACUUCUAGCCAACACAGUGUCCAUGAAAGGGAAUAUUCAGUCUGUCCAGUUCAUUGAGUUGCCAGCUUUUCUUCUUCAAAUCAUCUAGAUUAAUCUAAGUGUUUGCAUAUUCCUUUGAAUCCACAUAUCAGACCAUUUUGCAUCUCCCACAUGAUUCAAAUUGGGUACUUUCACACGUUGUUUUUUUUUCAAAUUUGUUUUAUGAUUUUUUUUUUUUUACUUUGGGAAAGUCCGUUUAGUACGUUGCAUCAUUUCUUUGAAUUGAUGUGCUUCCUUUAAGUCUUCUCACAAGAAGUGUCACAGUAUCCCAAAGUUCCUCUGGGUUUCAGAUGUCCAAAGAACAUCCUUCUGAGCCACUGGGAUUAAUAAUUAUCCAGAGAUCAUCUCGGGAACACAUUAUUCUUUCUCUGUAGAUCCAUUUUCCAUUAAACCAUUUAUUUUCAAUUGGAAAGCUUUAGCCGCUGUACAAGAUUGUCAUGUAAUUAAAGCAUCAGCUGAUGUUGAAGACCUUUUUGAACUGCUUAUUUGUCUCUGUUACUCUGAGUAAGUGGGUGCUUUCAGACCUGUAAUUGGGGUAUUAGAGACCCUGGGAGGUAUUCAUUAUUAGAGUUUUUAUUUUUAUUAUACAAAAUUAUUUCUAAAAUAGCACUCUUAAUUUACUUCUCUUGUAACUUUUUUUCUUAAGCGUUUUAGAUGUGCUUGGGAGUACUGGUCAGUUGAAUUAGCACAUAUUAAAGUUUAUGAGAUUAUACAAAGGUAUACUAAACCAUAAAGAACUGUAAUCCAUAGUAAUCUCUUUCCAACUGCAGAUAUAUAGUUUGUGUUUAUUGUUUUUUGAAUAUAGUCUAACUACAAGCAUUUAUUUACCAGGCCUAUGUUUACAGGGGUAUAUUUAAAGGUCAUCCAAUUCUGUGCGUGAUAUGUCUUGUGCCCCAAUUACUUAUAUUUCUCCUUGACCUACAGUAGGGUCCCACAGAGGUUUUACAUUGUCAAGGCUUACAGCCCUGUCAUUAGCAGGUCUGCUGCCCAGAUGGAGGGAGAUAUACUUGCUUAAUGUUAUAACUUGGCGCGUGAGACAUGUGAUAUUGAUUUGAUCUUCUCUGGACUGAAGUUAAGCAAGAGAAAGUACAAAAGGAAAACAUAAUUGGAAAUAUUUGUAAUUGAAUGCAAUAAAAUUGUCCAUAAAUCAAUGAAAAGCCUAAUUGUGAGCGAAAAUGACAUAUGAAAAUGUGUUCUUAGCAGAACUGAAUAUGCUCAGAAUGAUGGAGUAUCCACCUCAAAACGUCCAUCCCCUAAUACUCUCCCAUCAUGCUGGCUUACCCAUCCAACUUAGCUUCUAGUACCAUUCUUGAGUUGUUCACAUGGGUUUAAAUGUCCCAUACCCUCUUAGGAUAUUUUUGUCUAGAACACCACCUGUUUUUUUUUAAUUUUACAGACAUUAACAGGUCCAAAGCAGUUCCCUAACUUCCCUGAGAAGAUCUUCAGACGUUGCACCUUCUUAUUAUUCAGAUUUGGGGCUCACCAAGAAAUAACCUGCAACGUACCUAUCUCUGACUCUACAGUUACUCUUAUUUGUAUCUCCUUAUCCAACUUAAACAUUGAUUACAUACUUGUCUCUGCCAUUUGCUUAGUGUCCCAUGCUUUACCUGUGGUCUCUCUUGUCCUCCUCCAUUUUUAUAGUGCUCUCGUCUUUUAUUUUCUCUUGGUUCUUUUCUUACUAAAAUCUUUUUCUUUUUCGAUCCACAGCUAAUAAUAUCUCCCUAGAUCAUAUUGCUAUAAUAAUGCUUAUAACAUGGUUAACCAGGUGGCAGAAAGGAUGGUCAGACAAGUUUCUGUUGCAAAUAAGCUUAUUUUCCAGGUUGGCUGUUUUGCCUCGAGUUGACUGCAAAUUUAGGUUUCAAUUAACCGCAAUUUGCUAUCACGUGAAUGUACCCCAUGCAAUAGUGUGUCAUAUCACAAUGUAAGCUCUACAUUUAUCGUAAGCUGUUUGUUACUACUUUCCUAAGGCACAAUCUCCCAACUCUGGUGGUAUCAAGAUGAUUGUAAAAUUAGUAAAAAGCAGAAUUUGUCUUUGUUGGGUUUUUUUUGAGCUGCAGUUGUUUUCCGUUUUGUGCACUGAAAAAUAGAAACAUCCAUGAUCAGAUUACUUUUGGUUUUUCAGCUCCGGGUGCUGGAAGACAUGGUUGCUCUCAUACCCAGUGGUGCGAUAGUUAAAUGUAUUAGAUUUGUGAAAAUCUGCAGAUCAGCAUUACCAUGAGGUUUGCAUUGCAUACUGUACAUUUCAAGCUAAACAUUUUUUUUUCUAUAAUUACUGAAAAAGGUAAAUCAUGAUAUAACAUUGUCAAUAAUCUGGAGAAUGGACAUCAUUAUUAAUAGAAAUGCACAUUGUACGUUGUGUUUUUCAGGGAAUCUCGAACAGCUUGAUGUUAUGUAAGAUGGAACGCUUUACAGAUUUUGGUACUCAGACGGAUGCAGUGGUAGUGCUUUCACUAGCACAGGCAGCUGUUUUAGGACUGGUGUCUGAAAAUGAACUGUUUGGUGCCACCAUUAGCCCCAGCGGCUUUUUCCCUACAUCCAGGAGUGAGUUUUCAGAUAAAGGACCCAUUGAAGCCCAACAGCCAGAGGAAGACUCCUACCUAAAUUCAGGUGGAAAGGUUGCAGCCGAACCACAAGAAGAUGAGGGCUUAGAUUCAGAAAAACAUACGCGGAGGAAGAAGAGGCAGCCUGUAAGAGUUGUGCCGAAAAUUAAAUAUGAGAAAACUGAAGAGGAAGAAGAGAUCUUCAAAGUCACUGUAGAAGGAAAUGGUGAAGAACAGCACCUGCAAGGAAACCUUGCAUCAGAAUCUCCAGAGCUGGCUUGUGAGAAUUCUGUGCAAAACAGUAAUGUAAAAAUGAUAGACCUCAGCACUUUUCGUAGGAGGCCUCGGAGACCUCGCCACUUGCGGGAGAGGCAACAUCACGAGGUUGAAGCAGAUUACAGACAUAUUUUACAGCACCCAAUGCAGAAUCCAUACCCUCUCCCACCUGUUCCAAUGAUCCAAGGGAACACUGGUUUGGAGAACUUUCAGAGACAAUGUAGUUUUGUCCCAAAUAUGAUGCCCUCUGGUGACACUAGAGCCCCUAAUGUAGAAUCCCCAAAGAGAGAGGAAAAUGGCCAAAACUAUGCUUGGCAAGAUCCAAAUGAGUUUGAAACCGAUUCAGCAGAAUCUAUUGAACGCAACAAAAAGGCUCAGUUGGACCGUUUGGACAUUAAUGUUCAGAUUGACGACUCUUACCUUGUAGAAGCUGGAGACCGUCAGAAACGUUGGCAGUGCCGCAUGUGUGAGAAGUCUUACACCUCUAAAUACAACCUGGUAACACACAUCUUGGGACACAGUGGAAUCAAACCUCACUCUUGCCCACACUGCAACAAGCUUUUUAAACAGCCAAGCCAUUUACAAACACAUCUUCUUACUCACCAAGGAACUAGGCCACACAAGUGUGAAGUGUGCAACAAGGCAUUCACACAGACUAGUCACCUAAAAAGGCACAUGUUACUUCACACUGAUAUCAAGCCCUACAGCUGCCGCUUCUGUGGUCGUGGCUUUGCUUAUCCCAGUGAGCUCAAAGCCCAUGAAGUGAAACAUGAAAAUGGACGGUGCCACGUUUGUGUGGAAUGUGGCCUGGAUUUUGCCACCCUUACACAACUGAAACGACACAUUUCAUCACAUCAAGGUCCUACUCUGUACCAAUGCAUGGAGUGCAGCAAGUCCUUUCACUACCGCAGCCAGUUGCAGAAUCAUAUGCUGAAGCACCAGAAUGUUCGACCAUUUGUCUGUAAAGAAUGUGGCAUGGAGUUUAGCCAGAUUCACCACCUAAAGCAGCACUCACUUACACACAAGGUAGAUUUGAAUUGUGCUGAUAACUACCCCCAAUGUAACAAUAGCAGGGUUGUUCUCUAAAGUGAAAAUUCAAAGUUAAUUCUAAGCAAAUUUCAAAUUUAAAGUGACACUCUACUGCCCAAAUACAAAAAUAUAAACCACUAUAGCAUAUAUGCCCCCAAUAAAAACAUGCAUCCAUUUAAUAGGGGAUAUAUAUAACUUUUUGCAAGCAAAUUGCUUGCAGAAGUUGCAGGUCUUUUUCUGUGGUUGUACAAUCACAGACUUCCAAAUGCAACUCAUUAAGAAGUCUUUACAGGUACUAUGACCAAUUACCUUGCCUCUCGCAUUUUAGGUCAAAUUAGGAAGGAAAAGGACCAGUUGGAUGAUUGACAGCCUAGGGUGUAACAAGGUUAAUGUAUAAAAGUACCAUUUUUUUUUUUUUAGAUUGAAAUCUGCAAUUUAUUUUAAAUGAAAACAUAGAAACAUAGAAUGUGACGGCAAAUAAGAACCAUUCAGCCCAUCUAGUCUGCCCAAUUUUCUUAAUACUUUCAUUAGUCCCUAGCCUUAUCUUAUAGCCAGGAUAGCCUUAUGCCUAUCCCACGCAUGCUUAAACUCCUUUACUGUGUUAACCUCUAUCACAUCAGCUGGAAGGCUAUUCCAUGCAUCCACUAAAAAGAGGAUAUACUCUUCUCACAAAAAGCACAUUGGAAAGUGAAGGUCUUUUUAGGGUCAGGGUAGUCAAACCGGCUAUUUUGACCUUAAAUAUGAAAUUCACUUUGAAUUCUCACUUUAGUCUAUAAACUGUAGGUCUUUUUCUACCUCAAAACAUUUUAAUUGUUGUUUGGGAAUAAAUGUCCAAAGAAUCAUAAACAUUUGCAAACACUUUAGACCAGAAUAAUUAUAUUAAUUAGAUUUAAAUAAAGUAUACAUUAACAUCAGUAAAUUACUUCUAGUGUUCACAGCAAACUGUCACAAUAGCCCAUAAAGAUAUCCCUGUACUGACCUGUACUCUCCAGGGAUGGGGAACUCAGAAAAAUGUAUAUUUCUAAAAGCAGGAGAUUUAAUCUGGUGGAGCAUAGGGUAGUCAUUUGACUUUUAGCAUUAUGUUCUAGAAUAGCAUAUUUUCAUUUAGAAAUCUCUCCCUCUCGGGUUUGUUCACUAAAUAUUGAAUAUAAAUAAAAACAGAAUUGCAAAAUUUAGGAAAACAUUUAUUUGGCGAACAUUUUGAGAAAAAGUUAAUCUGAACUAAAUUUCCUAUACUUUUUAAGUGGGGAAAUGUGUUUUGUAGUGCCCAUUAGUGAAAAUGCCUAUAUUUGGAAAUAUUGCUUUAUCGGAUGAACUGCAUUUUGAAAAUGUGUUCAUUUAUUGACAAACUUGCAAGAUUCACAAUUUACCUUUUUAUGUGAGGGCGUACUAUUCUCCAUAAGUGGUGGACCAAAUGAAACAAACUUUACUGGCCAAUGUGGCCAUCUAACGUGCUUGUGCUGUUUAGUAGGAUGUGAUUUCAUAGACUUUCAGAGAGCACUGUAAAAGGGGCUUCUCUCAAACCCCAUGGGGUCAGCAAUAUCACCCGAACAAUGUUCCAUGUUGGCUAGUUCUUCACCACAUCUUAAAUAGGCAAACAAAAAUAAAGCAUUAUACUUCAAGCACUAUAACCACUACAGCCUGCUGUGGUGAACUGAGAUUGACAUGUAGUGUAUUAUUGUAUUUUGUUUAAUGUAUUUUGUUCUAUUUUCCUUUAACAUAAUAAGGAACAAGAGAAUGUAGGCAACUUAUUUCCAUUGAAGAUGUUUAGUGUAGUUCUUCUAGUUUUCACAAAGCAGGUUAAUUUGGGAGGUACCAGCUUUGCAGGUCCUGCCUCCCCAGUCAGUACCAUGGACAGGGCUCAAAUAUUAAAACCCGGUGCUGUUGACUAGGGCAGGGUGAAAAUUGACAUUUUGUUCUCAUGGAAACUCUUGUGCAUAAUUACCUAUAUGCAGGGAGGAUAUCCUCUAGAUAUAAUGUGUUUCUCAUUACACUUCAAGUACAUAAUACCCACCUGCCUAGUGGUCUGGAAAAGUACCACCCUAAGAUGAAUAAAAGUUAUGGAAAAGUCCUGGAAUUUCACAGUGCGAGACAUGAUUAAACCUAUCUUGGCUGGAUGAGCUAUCAAAUCACAUGACUCUUUUCUGCUAAUGUAAUGCAUUUCAGAUUGCAUUGCUGCCUAUGAAAAAUUUAAAGGGACUUAGUUAUUGGCUGCUUCACCAAGCCAACCAUACUAUCUCCCAUGUGAUAAUGCUUGUUUUAUGCACCAAUUUCUCCAAGAUGGAAGGAGCCAUUUUUUUAGAUUAGCCUUUUUCUUUUUUUUUUCUUUUUUAUUUGGAAUAAUUUCCAUCCAGCUCUAUUCUUGGUUUUAAGCAGUAGCACCCUGCAAUGUUCACUAACCCUUUCUAUACAUCUCAGUGUGUGAGCAUGCGGUUAAUUGUUUUUCAUAUGUUCCGAAGCAAAAGCCGGAUGAAUCGUUGGGUGAUAAAGUUACAGUUACAGGAGCAUUAACCACUGGGCUACCCCACAGCUCAUUAGUCCAGCUUAAUGUAGUUGUAAAAUGUGUCAAGAUAAAAUCUGAAGAAAAACACUCUGUUAUUAUUAUUAUUAUUAUUAUCGCCAUUUGUAUAGCGCCAACAGACUCCGUAGCGCUUUACAAUAUUAUGAGAGGAGGGAUUUAUAUAUAAAUAGGACAAUCACCAGAAAAUUUACAGGAACGAUAGGUUGAAGAGGGCCCUGCUCAAACAAGCUUACAGUCUAUAGUAAUAUAAUAAAGAUAAUGAUAAUCUAGUUAAAUAAUGUUUAAAUGAAUAAUUUUUAACUCCAUAGCAUAUAAUACAUUUUGAACUACAUGCUGCUCUUGUAAUAGUUUACACAAAUGAUUGAUUAAUUUCCAAAUUAGGGUCUAUUAAAUCAUAUUGAUUACUUAGUUAUACAGUAUAAUAUACACCGCUCUUUUAGUCACAGCUCUUUGCUGAAUAUCAAAUGUCAGGCUUUUUAAAUAAUUUUUUUUUAAUAUUGUACACUGGCCUCUAAUAAAAUCUUUUAUUUGCCUAGCGAAGUAGAGCAUCCUGGAGCGCUCUAGCUCCCUCCAGUGUCUUAUUUGUAAAUUGCAUAUUCACUAUUAUAAUUUCAGUUUUUUCUUGGUUUGGUUUUAUUAUUUCUUUUGAGAAGCAAGAUUAGUUGAACUUAAUUUGAAAGUAAACUGAUGUUUAAAAAAAUAAAUAGGAUAGUAACUACCACGAUUUUAAUUGUUUAAAUUAAGUUACAGGGCUAUUCACUAAACACCAUGUUGUUGUUAAUUUUAAUCUGAAUGGAAAAAUUGAGGCUAAAAUAGACAAGUCUAGCUAUGAAGCUAGAAUUUUUCCAAAUCAUCUAUUUUUGCUUAGUUUCAGCCUUCAUAUUUAAUUCACAAAAAAUAAAAAUUUAGUGCAUAAGCCUGCAUAUUUUAUUUCUCCACGAAAUUGUGGCAACAUUCUCUCAUUCAUAGGUUUAUCAGCAACAUGGGACUUUUGUAAAUGGGAGUUUGCCAACUUUUCUUGGUAAUUUUUGUAGAGCCUAUAUUUUAUCUAGGUUAGGACUGGGCAAACCGUUAACCCCCAGAUGUAAAACUGCAGCUUCCAUGAUGCUUUGUCACUCUACCGGCUCACAAAGCAUCAUGGCAUUUGAAGCGCUAGAACAUCUGAUGAUCUACUGUUUGCCUAGCCAUGAUCUAGACCAUGGGUGCCCAAAUUGGUAGAUCAUAAGCUACAGCUUCCAUGAUGCUUUGCCAUUAUAAAGGCAUUCCAAAGACAUGCAAAGUCUCAUGGGAGUUGUAGUUCUAAAACAUCUGUAGAUCUACCUUUUGGGCACCCUUUAUCUAGACUGAAGAGUGUUGUUUAUUUUUCGAUUAUACUGAGUAUUCUUUAACCCUUACUCAUGUUGUUUGUUUUUUUUCCUUUCUUGACUCUUCUAGGGAGUAAAAGAGUUUAAGUGUGAGGUAUGUGGGCGGGAGUUCACCCUGCAUGCCAACAUGAAGCGUCAUAUGCUGAUCCAUGCCAGUGUCCGUCCAUUCCAGUGCCAUAUCUGCUUUAAGACGUUUGUGCAGAAGCAAACACUGAAGACUCAUAUGAUAGUCCACUCCCCUGUCAAGCCUUUCAAAUGCAAGGUACAAGCCAGACUCGCUGGGUGCAGAGCCAAAAUUGGCACCUGCCGACAAGCCAAUUAUUCAUUUCUGAUGCAUAUUUAGUUAAUAUACAUUUCGUAAUCAUUCUUAUACUUGGAGAUUUAUUCACUAAACAAUGACUGAUCUCGUGUCCCAAAUUUAGAUAAUUUAGAAAAUGUCAGAUCAACACAGCUUACUGUUUGGUUAAUAAAACCUUUGCAGUUUGAGGCAACAUGGCAUCCAAACAGGGCCUGCAUUGCCAUAAAGCAGCACAGGGGGCCGCUUUAGUGCGUAAAAUAUGCUUCCCUAGACACAUGAAACUCCGUCUGCCCUAUGUUGCAUGCAAGGAGGGGGUGCACAAAAAUCCUUGCACCAAUCCUGCAUCCCAUGCAUCUCCACUGGACAGAGUACUGUAAAUAUUGCCAGUGCUGUCCUAUUCUCUAAGUGUACAAUUAUAUUUCUGUUCCAAGUAUCUGUUCAUAUUUGUCUUUUUAAAGCUAUAUUAUAUGUUGGACCAAAAUGGUCCCUUUUUUGUCUUGUGUGAGGAAAGAGGAUGUAGGAUGUUAAAAAUGUUAAGGGAUUUUUCACUAAAUGUCUUUUCUAUCUUCGCUAUUUUGGCAUAAAUUUUCAUGUUUCGAUUUAAUUAAUUGUUUGUUGGAUAAAUGACCUGCACAGUCGUAAAUGCUUGUCCUUGCUCAGCAACACCCUCCAAUUUUUACUUGUUCCUCUAUAAUAAAGCAGCAUUAUAUAUUCAGCCUAUGUUAACAGUGGAGGUUCUAUCAGUGCCAUAGUGCAUAUACCUUUAGCAUGUAAAGAAUCUCAACAUUCCAUUCUAUCUAGGCCACGUUCCAUCACAUAAAACCAACUUAUACAUAGUUACAGAUAACCAUUAAUCUCCCACUGUGUUGCUUUAUCUUACCAUGCUAGUGGAGGGGAUUGGACUUAUUAAACUCUAUUAAACUGUUAUGCAUAGUGCCAUAAGCAGUUCCAUAAGCAGAAUGUUCUUUGACGUAUGCAAUAUUAUCUAUUAAACCCAAAUGGAAGUGUUCUGGUUGGCGGGUGCACUAAGGUGUCAUGAGUGGGAGAGUUGUCACCAUGAUAAGAGAAAGCUUUUCAGCCUUUAUGCUUUUCUACAGAUAAUGGUGAGCCAGCAAGUAGACCGUCAUCUGUUUUCUCCUUAUCUUUGACCAACAUUUAGCAGGCCUACUGGGCAUUAGCAUCCUGUUAACUCAUGGUUGGAAAUGUGGGAUUCAUAGUUCAGCCAUAGCUCAAACACUGGUAAAGAGCUACUGUUUUCAGACUUUAUGUAGAACUUGUGUGGUGCAUUGGGAAACUCUGUAGUGUGUCUGACCCAUGGAUAGCAUGAGUAUGAACUCUCCAAAUUGUGACACCCUAGUGCAGCAGUGGCUAAAUGUCGGUACUAUACUUGUGAAUAUAUCCCAUGAUUCCUAUCCAGCCAAGUGGGGGCAAUGUUACUGUUGUUGCCUUAGUGUAUGUCUCCUCGUUUCAUGGUCAUGCCGUGUUCUCAUUUGUGCCUUUCUACAACUUUCUAAAUUAGAAUGUUUGUUUAUAUUUUCUUUAAGGUUUGUGGAAAAUCGUUUAACCGAAUGUACAAUCUCCUCGGCCACAUGCACCUUCAUGCUGGGUACAAGCCCUUUAAGUGUCCCUACUGCUCCAGCAAGUUCAACCUAAAAGGCAACCUCAGCCGACACAUGAAAGUCAAGCAUGGUGUCAUGGACACCAGUCUAGACAGUCAAGGUAUGGAACCAAAGACUAUGGAACACCAUAAUAAAAAUGAUGCAAAUAAUGUAAUAGUUCAGCACUUGUAAAGCUCUGCACUAAGCUAAACCCUCCAGUGCAGGGAGUCACUCAUUGGCUGAUGCUCUCAGCCAGUGAUCCAACACUACACUGCUUGGCUUAGCUCUAAAGUCACAAACCCCAGGUAAGUUGGUAAACCUUAAAUGGUUUGAUUAACUACCCUGACAGGGCGCGAUGACACUCCUGGUUCCUCUGAACUGUUCCUUUAAAGUAGACAUGCUUGGACUGUUUUUAUUACAGUGAGUCUGUUGUAGUCUGAGUUCUCUCUUUGCUUUGUCUUUCACAACAGAGACGUUUUAUUCACUUCAAAAGAACUUUGCAUGCAAUACAACUCCUAAGUAAUUUGAUACAGCCCUCCUAUAGCUUUCUAUGAGAAAGCUUGUUCUGUAGUUUCCAUGGUAAAUCUCCUGAUUUAAGAAAAAAAUUAGCUAUUCAUAAAUUACAGCAAAAGUUAUAGAAGCCAGAAAAUUGAAAUCUAGUUCUGACUUCUGAACAUUAUAUGCCAUAAAUCCCUAAAUCCCUGCUUCACAGCACACUCAUUAAAAACAUUAGGAGGAUGAGGGACAAUUUACUGGGAUUCACUGUGUUUGACGGGCCCAUCAAGUUUUACAUAUUCUAUAAUUAUUUAGAUUAAAAAUAUACUAUAAUGGAUCUAUGGAGCUUUGAAUCUACUCUCAUUCCAACUAGCCUUUUGAUGAAAAUUCCCUCCACUUAUACAUUUUAAAACUGUGUUAUUUACAAGCUUAUGCACUAUAAAAUACAUAGAAAAUGUAUGGAAUCACUGUAGAAAAGAUUUAUAAAGAUGUAAGCAAAGUUGUAUUGAAGAAGGUCUAGUGAGUGUAUUUCCAGUUUUACAGCCUGGUGUUCUGAAACUGAUCUUGUUUAUGUACAAACAUCAUUAGAGGGUGCUUGAUUCUGCAUACUUUUGCUAGUAUUGUUCAUACAAUUGGAGUUUGUGGGACUUUCCAGGAGUGUGGUCACUAAUAUUUUAUUGAUUUCUUGUUUUAUGUAUCACUUUAGAUCCAAUGAUGGAUCUUCCAGACCCAGAUACCAAUGACAUGGAUGGCCAACAAGAGAUGGAGGACUAUGAGGAGAAUUCAUAUGGCUACAGGGAAGAAGAAAAUGUGGCACGUGACCAGACUAUGAAGGAAAUGGUCUAUUAUAAUGUCUUGUAGUCAAACAAAGAGAAGCCCAAAUGUCAUGAAAGUACUCGUUUUGUAUCCUUUCACUGUUAAGAAAGGACUUAGGGCUCGACCUCUGUGAGAAGAGAGCCCUGUAUUUGUCACUUGUGACCUUACCUCCUAGAGAAUUGUCAUUGAGAUACCAGAGAAGACUUUUUGGGAUGCUGGUGCAUUUGCCCACUCCACACAGGAGUUUAUGAAGAAGGAUUUUGGCUCAGGAGUAUUGUCUUAUUUUUUUCUAGGCUGUGAGUCACCUCUUUGCCUUGACUUACACAAUCUUGAACUGUAGAAUGAUCGUGGCCCUUGUAAGGGUCCUGCACAGACAUUUAUUUUUUUUGUAGUUGGAGCACUGGUGUUUUGAACUGCUUGCUUUUUUUUAGUUUUUUUUGUGUGCGUGUGUUCUAUAUGUGUUCUUUCAGUUUUUCUAGACGUACGGCACAGCGCCCUGAAUGCUACCUACCAAGAUACUCGGCUACAGUGUAGUUACCCACACUGUUUAUUUGACGUUCGGAAUUUGUUGUCUUACACUGAAGGGGAUAUUCGGGGUUUGACUGUAACAGAUACAGAAUGUGAAUCAAUACCAGUUUUCCUCCAGGGCAACCAUGUUGUUCAGCCAGUGGAAGAAUGUUUUCAAUGUCCUGCUUAUCAAAAUUCAGACACUAAUCGUCAUGGCCUCUAGGUGGCAGGGUAAUACUGUGUAGCAGUAUAUUAUUGACCAGGUUCCUACUUGUCUCAUCAAGGAAGGAGCCGGGCUGUGAAAGACAAGUUUUAAUCAUUCAGGAAGGGAAGAACAACAUGUUAGUAUUAGUUGCAGCAUUGCAAACUGCCUUCUACCUCUUUGCCCUCUACUGUAGCAAGUUUGUUGAUGUUUUAUACCCUAUUUCACUGUCUACACUUCAUGUUAUCAAUUGAACAGAUCUGUCUUCAUAGUGCAGAUAGUAUAAUUUACACAAAGGCUUUAAAGAAACAAAUAUUAUACUUACAAAUGUGUAUUUUCCCUAUAAUUAAAUAUAAGCAACUGUAAAUUCAACACCUAAUUAUGGAAAGCAGGGCUGCCCAAAAGGUAGAUCCCCAGAUGUUUUACAGCUUCCAUGAUGCUUUGCCCUUCUAAAGGCAUUCUAGGCAUUCUAAAUGCAUGCAAAGCAUCAUGGGAGUUGUAGUUCUACAACAUCUGGGGAUCUACCUUCUGGGCACCCCUCAUCUAAAGGAAACGUUAGUUAGGGUUAAAUUGCCCCAUCAUUGUAACUGUUUCAAAAACCUAGCACCAGGUGGGAAUGUUGGAUCUACUGGACAAAUUUACGACCACAUCCCUAAUAUUUAAAGCAGAGCAGUCACUUUCAUGCUGCACAGGCCCAUGUAUUUUUACGGCUUAUCUCUACAGGUGGCAUUAUGUUGUCUUGGACACAGAAAUGCUGCAUGCGUGUUUUAUUUACUUCUGUUGUAUUACUCAUCCUAGUAACUGCCUCAGUAGCUUUUGCUGGUGGGAUGGGAUGAUAACCUGUUACAUAUAGAGAUGUUAUUGUUCUCCUUUAACGUUAUCCCAGUUACUAACAUCCUAUACAAAUGUUAAUUGAUGGAGAUAUGACAGGGUGAUCUAAUGUUAACGUUCUAAUGAGACCACAAACUCUUUCACAGCACCCAUCCCUUUUCACUUAUUUUCAUUCCAAGAACUAUGUAGCCAAAACUACUCAAAAAUACAUUUAAAAAAGAAACCCUGGAAACCUCAUUUAUGUAUGACCACUAUAAGUCAGGGAGAUUGGAAAGAUGUUCAUGUCCCUUAGCAGGAAACACAAGUGAUUCAAUCCAUAAAACUGAUCUACAAUGGUCUGUGCACAGCAGAGACAUAUUUUUAUUUUUAUUGUUCAAGUGAAUGUCUUUCUCUGACUGAUGUAAUCUGUCUGUUUAGUUCUACUAAAUCUUGCACAUUAUAUAAGCUAAAAGCACCAACCAAUCUGAGUGAUUUAAGCACUGGGUUUAGCUGCACUUACCCCCCAUUUGCACCCAAAUCACACUCCAUAUUACAAAUUUGGUGUUUAAGUAUUUAACAGCACCAACAAUUAAUCAACAGGAAAAGUGUGCAGGCGUAUGUAAUUAUAUAGGAUUUCUUAAUCUGCUGUAGGACAAUUAACGGGAAGUGUAGGGCACAAAAUAAACUGUGGGAUCAAUAAGGGAAACCUAUUGAUUCUAAUAGUGGUUACAAAGUGUAGAUGGAAAGAGUGGGUUGAAAGAACGAACACCUGAAAUAUGUUUGAAAGAAUAAAGUAUAAUUUUACAUUAGGCAUUCAGUGGCCAGCACAACAUUUAUUAGAGCAUUCCAGUACUCCAGCAAUACCUCUGCCAGGUAACUUUCCAUCCAAUGCAGCAAUAUGCCAUUCAUAUUCAGUGGGAUUUAGAAGUGAUUCUUUGUCCACUAAACUCACAAAGAUCACUGUGUUGGUUAUGUUGUAAAAGUGGAGCAGUAACCAUGGAAACCAAUGGAAUGUUCCUUUCGAUUGCUCACACACUUUCAUUUGCCCCUACCCAUUGUGCACAACCAUUUAAGCCAAGUAUACCAUGCAAAGAUCAAAGAAAUAUAUAGUAUAAGUUUAUUUGUUUUAUGUUAGCUUUUCCAUUUUGUUAUGUUAUUUUGGGUCAUCUCACUGUUGCGAAAGAUUGUUAAACAAAAGAAAUGUAAAUGUUUGUUCCAAACACACUCAAACUACACAACACCAAAGACAGAUCAUAUAAAGCCAAAAAAAUAGCUUUGUACCCCAGCACAAACUUGGAAAUCGUACAGAAAAAGCACAUUUAAAAUGUUGCAUUGUACCGUUUGUGAGCGCUUAGAGAAUGGGAGAGACACACAAACCACAAAAACAAAACAACAAAAAACAAAAAAACUUCCCUUAAGGGGAUAAUAUAGCAUGUAGUUUUCACAAAACGCACAUCUUAUUAGUUUGUUUCAGAAUCUUUGUUUAUGAGCCACACUCUCUGAACCACUACCUGAGUAAGGAGAUGUAAAAUAGUACAGCAUUGUCAGUAAUAUCAUUGGCCCAGGAUUUAGAGAUUAAAGAGGUGUAUUGAACCAUUGACUGAUCCUAAGUGUCUAUUCAACAGCAAGUUUAAUCCAAAGAAGCUGAAUUUCUUAUUUUUGUUUUCUUUCCUCCACCUCUGCCUUCUUAGAUGAUAUUAUUAAAAGUCUAUUGUUAUCUCACAACUUGUUAUUUUGAAGACUGACCUUCAUAAUGUGUGUAAUUGAGAAUGUCCCUAACCAUGUUUGGGAAAACUUGUACUGAGGAACAAUGGUGUGGCUGAGACUCAUUGAAUUGAACGAAUAUCUCUGCUCCAAAUAAUGCACUAAGGUACUUUGUUAUUACAGCUGAUGUGACCUAUUUAAGUUUACAGCAGCAUGAGUGCUAGUGAAUAGCCAUCAUUACACUAUUAUCUGGACAGCAAAUACCAGAUAGACCUGUAAUCAAUUGUUCUUACUUAUUUAUUAUUCAUUAUCACUGGCCGUGUGUGCAUAGGAGAGGGCAAAGUUAUAAAAUCUAGCUUAUUAUAAAUCACUUUAUUACCUUUUGCUAGCAUUAACCUGUUGCAUACGGAACAUAAGGUGAUUCAGCGUGGAUAUGUGUGCAUAUUACUGUCUAAACUGCUUAACUUCUCAAAGCCAAAUUAGCAUGUUUGUGUUAUUAAAAACCAUCCAGUGGCACAUACAGACCAAACUACCUCUUGUAUCCUUCAUACCACACAACUUAAACCUCAGCUACGUCCGACAUUAAACCUAGAGAUUGUAUUGAUAACCACUAAAGAGAUUUCCAAACAGGUGGCUUGCUGGUGUAUAUUGUUUAUGAGUUAACAAAAGUGGAGCCAUAUUAAUAUGGUAUUGGGAGAUGGAGAGAUCCUGCCAAGAAUUGGAGGAGUAAGGAUUUGAAUCAUAUACAUGGUUGUUCACUAAAAUGAGAAUUCAAGGUGGAUUUCAAAUUUAGAGGACCAUGAAGGUCACCCUAUGUAGUGGUCUGGGUGCAGUGGUCCUGUCAUUUUAACCCUGCAAUAUUUACAUUGCAGUGUGGCUGCCAUCUUCAGAGACACAGUGGCUGCUGCAGCAGAGGGUGGAGGCACUUGAAACACAGUAAGUAAUCUUAACUUUAGUUAUUUAAUGCCUAAGGAGGGUGGAAAGAAGGGAACCUAUAGGUCUGAAAAAAAAAUAUCACGACUAUAGUUUCCCUUUAAGUCCAAAAUAACCAAAUUGAACAAAUCAUCUGACCACUUGCUUACAGAUCUGUUACUUUGUCUUAAAAUUUGAAAUUCACUUGGAAUUCUCACGUUAGUGAAUAGCCCUGAUCAUUUCUGCCGUCAAGAGAAAGCACAUGGCUGAAACAUGACACAUUUUAGACUAUAUGUAAGAAAGGGCAUUGAUGCAAAAAAGCGAAAGAUAUUUUUGUGUUAUCUUCAAAUUGCAGUUUAUUAAAUCCUGUGUUGCAUACAUUUCCAGUUUAAAUGACUUUUAAUGAUCCAUGUAAUGCAUGUACUCUUCUGUUCUUGGCUAAAAUACUUUAACCAGGAUUUGUGCUGCCCUUAAAAAGUGAAAAGAUUGUUUUAAGAACAAAUGCUGAGGAGGCUUCUCAAACAUAGUGACAACUCACCCCCUUGGAUUUAUGCUGAGUAGUUGAGAUAGUAAUGUCGGAUUGCUUAGAUCUUAACAGUUUGAGUAUGCAGAGUGCAAAAUUAAAACCUGUGUUUUUUUUUUGUUUUUUUGAUGACUCCGCUGACUCUCUCAGCCAAUGAAUGACCGUAAAGAUCGACAUCCAGCUUCUGCUGCUCUGAAACCAAAUCUACCGUUAAGACACCCAGGCAAGAGGCAAAAGUUGCAAAAUGGUUUGUGCUCUUAUCUAGAGGACAUCACCAGGGUCCAACUAGCAUCAUAACCACUUCAGCAGGCUGUAGUGGUUAUGAUGCUUUGGGUUAUCCCGUUAAUCUUCUGUUUGGUUCAGGAAAAAUUACAUUUCCUUUACACAUUUAAUCAUAAUUUCUAUGCCUGUCUGGUCACAAGAUGUCUUAUAAUACAGCCCUCUUAAUAAACAAAUUGGAACUUCUGUGACAGAUAAAGCUUUAUCAGAGUAUUGGUUAUACCAUACUAGUGUCUGUGUGUCUUGCAGCAGGGAGACAGAAAGGAUGGUUUACCUUUUUGUUCCGAUAAGUGGUUUAAGUCAAGCCAUGAAAUCUAUCAGUGUAUUUAUGAUGUGCUGUCGUAUUAACUCACACCUGCCUCCCUUUAUGCUAAAAGUGAAAUGUUUGCCAAAAAAAGCUUGUGUGCAACAAUGAGAUGAGGUUAAUGGAAUGAAAUAGUCAAACAUGCUACCAUCAUCUUUCAGGUAGCCUUACUGGACCAAAUCGUAGAUGUUCAUUGAAACAAAAUAUUUGUCACUGUGCAGAGCUCUACUGUGUAUAUUUACCAUUUAAAAUGUUUACUUGGCAAUAAUUAAAUAUCUAGUUUAUUUAUGAGUGAGAUGCACCAAUGUCCAAAAUGCAUCUUUUUGUUUGUUUGUUUAAUAAAUAUGGUAUUGUAA